AUGGAUGCGAUUGUGGAUAUAAAUAUUUUUAAGGUUUGCACACAGCACCAAUGUAUUUUUCGUCUUCUAGAGAUUUUCUUUCUUCCUUUUUUCUCUUUGGUGUUUCUAAUUUAACAGUGCUUGUCGCUUAGGGUUAAAGCAUUGAAAUUAAUCCUUGCGCUUUCUUGUUAUAUUUUAUAGGUUAUUGAUGCUGGUCAUUUUUGGGCUCAACCAACUGCUCAUCCAGACUUCAUGGGAAAGCUAAAUGACCACUUUAGGGACAGGAAAACCCCAGAAAUAACAAAUCCUCUGGGUAAGGGUCAGGUGAGUCGAUUGUUAGAUUGACAGCUGUACCACAGUAUCAGAAAUGAGCUGGUUUGUAGCAAAAGCUGAAGCAGGCAUCAUAACUAAAUGAAGUAGGCAAUGGUCAAAGGCAAUUCUUCAAAUCAAGUCCAAAAUAGGAAACCACUGGAGAAGUUGCACUUCUAAUUAAGUUGCCACCAAAUGCAGUGAGAGGGUUAGCAUACAGAUUACCUGAAAAAGUCGAGGGUAAAAGCACAAUUUGCCUCACCACAAUUCAUUUAACUCAUUAUUCUGCUUGUUUCUUUCAGUUAUUUCUUUUUGAAAUCAAUUAAAAUGUACUUUUUCUCCACCUAAAUCUCAGUUUCGAGAAAAGCAAUGUGAUUCAUUGGUGGACUGACUCUUGAGUAAUACAACUAAGAAAAGGCACAAAAUAGGGAGCAGUUAUAAAGCAUCAAUGCAUUGUUUUUACUUUGUCCUGUCCCUGCAGUAGGCAAAGGCCAGCAUGGGGUAUGUUUGUAUAGUACUUCUGUCUGUCAAAAACAAUGUGGCAAACAGCAGUUUAUGAAUAAUGAUAAGCGAUUGAUGACUUCAGUUGAUGACCCCAAAUAGGUGACAAAGAACUUUACAAUUUACUCACAUGUAUGUUGUUGUAUAUACAUAGAAUCAAGGCCCAUAUUUGGGUCCUUUCUGGGAAGGGGGGGAGGGGAUUUGGGAAAUAGUUCAUACCUGUGGAAAGAUCCUGGUUACACCCCUGGCUGUCUAUAGGAUGGUUAGUGUUGAGGUUAGCCCCCAUGUGGGUGAAGUAAGUUUUGGUAAUUCUCUUUUGUGCAUGUAGAUGUGUGUUGUAAGAAGGACAUCUGACAAAUGCUGGUACAGGGCAAGAGUGCAGAAUGUGUUGCAGACAUUAAGUGGACCUCAAGCCAGGUACAUUACUAUAGCUACAAUAGUAGGCACUCUCUGAUUGGCUGUUUUCUUGCAAUAACUGGGCAUUGCUAGCUAUGAUCAAUUGUUUUCUGUCAAAAGGGUAUCCACUGACCAGUGUCACAUGACUGUAUUGUGGGCUCAAUUGUACAACUCAUUGAGAUGACAUGGUUUUUUUAAGUUUGACCAGUUGUUGGUUUUAAUUGAUUGCAGGCUCAGGACUGGUACAUAAUGAAAAGACCAUGUAUAAUGUUAUAAAUGACUUAUUAACCUUGUCCGUUUGGUUAUUACAGGGAAAUCUCAGAUUGAGGCCUUGACAUAUUGACCUCCCUAUAGCUCAGUUGAUACAUCAAGGCCUCGGUCUGAGAUUUCCCUGUAAUGCCUCAAGGGACAAGGUUAAGUAGUAUUAAAAUUUGUAGCAAGGCUUUUCAUGGACUAUACAGCAUAAGACAGAUCAGAAAAUUCCUUACCGUACAAUCCACAAAGACACUGAUCCAUGCCUUUGUAUCUUUGCACCUAAAUAUCAGCUUGAUCGUUUACAGAAAGUCCAGAAUGCCGCGGCUAGAGUGACUUUUCAGAUUGCAAAAUUUGAUCAUAUCACCCCCGCUCUUAUCGACCUACAUUGGCUUCCAGUAACGUUUAGAGUUCAGUUCAAAUUGCUCCUUUUUGUUUACAAGUCACUACACAACCAAAGUCCAUCCUACAUUAAAGAUCUUUUAUCCCUGAAACCAGCUGCUAAUUAUGCUCUUCGUUCGUGUGCACAAUCUCUUCUGCUCGUUCCAAAAGUCAACUGCUCUACACUUGGGGAUCGGGCCUUUGCUCAUGCUGCACCUGUUUUAUGGAACUCGCUGCCAUUAACUAUAAGAACAAGUAGCAGCCUGCCCAUUUUUAAAAAGCAACUUAAAGCAUUUGUUUUUAAGAAAGCCUUUAAUUUGUUGGAAUAGUUCUAAUGUUUCAUUCAUUCAUUUCAUUUUUGUUAGAUUUUACCAUAGCAUAAAAUAUCAUUGUUAUUAUUGUAGCUUUCAGGGAUUUUUAAUUUUUUUUAUUUGUUAUUUAUUCAUUAAUUUUAACUUAAUGUAAAGCGCUUUUGAAUAUUCUUAUCUAGUUUUAGUGCUAUACAAAUUCAUUAUCAUUACAUGUAAAUUCAUAAAAUUAAAAUUUAAUGCAGUUUUAACCCAUCUGCAAUACAUGUAGAUGAGCUUGGUGAAUGGUGCCUGAAAAAGUAAGUUGGAGCCACAAGCCAAACCAAGCCAAAUAUGUAGGGAAUCCAUGUCCACCAUUGCCCAUUUAGCUGCUAUAAUCCCAAUAAAUUACUGAAAAUUCUGUUGCUGGCUUGGUAAUGUGGAAAUAUGGUGUAGUUUUGGGGAAGGUCAGGUGUUUUUCUGAAAUAAGUGCCGGCACUUACUUUAGGAAAACAGUAAUGGAACUUGUCUUAUAACAUAUUGUAAGGUUGAUUUUAAGCCAUUUGUUUUCCUUCAGUGUCUUUCUUGUGGAUUUAGCUGAAAGCACUCUUAUUCCUUGUUGCUGGUAAGAAGGUUUUGUAUGUACACACUCAAACUAUGGUAAAGUAAUAGUUUUUGGCUCUGUUUUGAGAAUCAAACAAUCAUGUACAGGGUACAUGAUUGAAUGACUUGUCCAGCAAACAAAAGCAAGGAGCUCUGUAUGAUUUUGCUACAAGAUGCAGUAAAAUGCACUAGAUGCAGUAAGAAAACACUUUAUUCAAAUUGUAAAAUGUAGUUACUUUGCUGGCGUGGUGCAUAAAUUAUUUUUGUCAACACUGGAAGAGAGAAAACGUUAAGAUUAACAUGAAUACGAAGAAACAAGGGUGAUUAGACAGUGAUUACAGUUAGAAGAGAACAGUAUAGUUUAUAAUCUAUUAUUGAAACAGCCUUUCCAGGCUCUCAGUUGAGACGAGGGAUUACAGGGACUGUAUGAAAUGUGAGCCUGAAAAAAAUAUUGUUAUGGACUGGGGCAAGUCAGGUCAGUGAGACAGGUCACCCUUUUCUCCUCUGUGCAGGCGACACCCAUUUUUUCUUUUUUGCUUUUCCUUUCACUUGUCAUGACAAAUUAACUAGGGGUGUUCACGUGGAAUACAGUGUAGGCUAACAAGUUGUAUUUAAAGUCCCUUUUUUACUGAAUCAUGUAGUAUGCAUUAGAGAUGAAUUUGCCUAAAGGUCAAAGUAGCCUCUUCUGAAAUGAAUGCUACAUUACAUUUUACAACUAAUAUAUCAAAUAAGGCUGUAGAAUAAGUGGUUAUUUAUAAAGAUAAAAUUAUUAAUUCUAAAUGGUUCAAAAUAGCAAUGUACAUGAAUGCACAAUCUUUCUAAGGCUUUCAUUUCACACGCUUACAUGGGCACCAUGGUAGUCACAUGUAAGUUACAGCUUGAUGUUUUGAUGAAUGGAAGCUUUUUCUUUAUUUAUCCAGCUCAUAUGCCUGCUUGUCUAUUUUCUUUUUAGGACCAGAGAGGUUCCAACAGAAUACCUAAACAUUCCCUUUCAGGCCAUGGAAUGUUUCCUGACUGGAAUUAAACCACUUGGACUUGUAACAGCAUAUUUUGAUCUGAGCACCUCUAAACAGUAAGCGUAAAUAAUUUAAAGUUAAGCACUCUCAACAAAUUACAGUGUACUUAUUUUGUACUAAAACAAUGAGGGCUGCACUUUUACUGCUUUAAACAAAGAAUCAAAAUAAAUUUGCAGCAAGGAUAAAAAUGGUGCCAUAACAUAUUGUAUAGACUGUGUAUGCAUACCUGUUCAUGUAAACACCCCUAUAUGGAAGAAGGGGUUUACACUGAUGUAUUAACCCCUGAGUAAUGCAACAUGCCAAUGAGAGUCAGUGAUGCAUGUAGAUUCAGACACAGAUGCAUGUCUAAGAACAAGCAGUUCAUGCACACCCCAAUUACUUGCAAAGUUUUGGAUACCCCUCUUAAGCUGCAGUGUAAUGCAUAGUACAUGUAGGUGGGAACAUAAUGCAACAUGUAUAUGUUACAGGUCAAAUUUGAUCCCAAGUUAAUUUGGAUUUAACCUAGGUUGAUUCUUAAUUUCCAUUGUCCUCUAGUCCUAUUAGACAAAGGAAAUCAAGAAUCAACCUAGGAACUAUUAAUUUGACCUGUAGCAUAGACACAUGCACGUGUAUACUAGGUUGUUUGUGCUCCCCUCUGUUGCGUUGAAAGUUAUGAACACCUCUGGAUCUAGUGGGUGAGUACCUGAGAGAUCCGGGAGCCUCCACUGUUGGCAUUCAGCCCUGAUGUGCACUACACCAUUGCUUGCCAAUACAUGCAGGCCACACUCAAUACACCUAUCACACUGAACAUAUUAGGAUAUACAGGUGUAAGUGGGAAAAAAUCUGCAACAAGAGUCCCAAAAUUACCAUUCAACUAUGCAUUAUGCCUGUCCACUCAGUGAACUCUUUGUUCAUGGAGAUCUUGCAAAAAUGAACACCAGAGAUGGUGUCAGAAGAAUUUGCCAAAUGUUAUACCCAAAGAACCUCUGCAACAGCAAACUCACCUGAUCUGAACAUUUGGAGUGCCGCUGAUGAGACAGCGAACAAAGAUCUAGCCCGCAAAACACUGGACGAGCUGAGAAGGCGACUCAACUUUGCCUGGAAAAAUGGGACCUACAUGUAAGACUAUACACGCUUACGAAGCUUGCACAUUCUAUACCCUGCCACUUAGAAAAUGUCAAAUAAAUAUAAAAUAAAUAAAUAAAGGGAGCCAUCCUGUUUACUAAUAUUUCAAUAUAAAAUGAAUAAGGAAAAACAUACCUAAUUGUAAAAAAAAAUAAGUAGUUUUAGUAACCAUUGAAGUUUGAGUGAAAAAAAAAUCGGAACAAGCUUUUGAAACACCCUGUGUAUGUGUCUCUGUAUUGAUUUGCAGAGAGACAGAUCACUGGGAUGAAGCAGCAACUGGUUUGUUCAGAAAUCUUACACAAGGUACAUUUUACAGUUUACUUGUUACAGUUUUAGAAGAGGUGCUUGUGCAUGUAAGUGCUGAUUGCUUCUGCAAAUCUCUGUAUAAUUUUGUUUGCGUGUUACAAGGUUGUUGUUCUUCUCCUCAAAAAUGAGAUAAUGGUGCAUGUGAUCCCUUUUUUAACAAUCAUGGAAUUAAUAAAUUUUAUUAUUAUCUUUCUUUCAGGCUGUAAUCUUCAAGUUUCUGUUCAAAAGCAAGAUGAAAAAGGAAGAUAUUAUGUUCUUUUGUUUGCAGACUCUGGACAUACACGGGUAAGUCUCUCAAUAAUACAUGUAGCUGGCACCUGUCAACUUCUAAAGUAGGGUCAGUUUAGUCCUGAAUCGUGGCAUCCUCAGGCCAAUUCCUGUGGCCAUGAUGAUAAAAUCCUUUACCCUCAAGAUAUGUAACCUUUUAACACCACCUCUAUAACAACAAUGUACAUGGACAGUGUAGUAUACUUUUACUGACUGGAAACGCCAUUUCGGGACUCUAAAUUUCAAAAUGUUCCCAGAUGACUCGGUCCUCAAGAACUUGUGCCUUUGGUGUGAGUUCCAAAGCCGCCUACUAAUGACGUAACACUAACCUGAUCUGGGUAGUACUUUUGAUUGGUUGAAGCAAAUUUUCCCUGUGGCAUGACCAAUCAGAAGCACUACCCAGACUUCGGUAGUGAUGCGUUAUCAGUUCGGAAUUUCAGCGAGCUUGUUUCUCAGACAUCAUAUCAUGGGUAAAUCGGUGGUGGCAUUAAAAUGUCGGCUGCUUUCUCAGGGAACUGUUACUAUUAAUGAUAAUUUUUUUUGUCAGGUUUGCAUCAAUGAUAAGUUAGUGAUCAAUGGAUUUGCUACAAACUUCUUUGACACUGUGCAAAACUCAGGCAUAAGCCCAGGCAAAGCUGCAAAACUGCGAGCCUUAAAUGAUGAGUUCCAGAAGCAAGGAUCAGAAGUGAUAGAAAACCUGAAAGAGUACAUCAGCCAUGGCAAAUUAACCUGCAGUGAGCAGUCAUCAAACAGCACAGAUGAAGAAUCCUCGGAUUAUCAAAAAAAUAGCCGCCUAUUCUUAAGUUCUGGGGAAUCCCCUGUGAAUGUUUUGAGAAGGCAGGUUUCUGGCUCAUGUGGUGUUGAGGGUGGUACGCUUACUGAGCCUUCAGCAAGAAUUCCUAACAGUGCAAGUCAUUUGGCUUCUUCACAAAGAUUUUCACCACAAGCAUCAUCUGGUCUUACUACUGGAAGUGAAUCACAGUACAGGAGAGCAGAUAACUUCUCCAGUGAUGAAAACUCUGGACGAGUGCGCUUUCUCUCAUCAAGGCUCCCAGCCACUGGUAGUGGCAGCAUUAGAGGUUACUCAAUCCCAUCAAAAUCUCCAGAGAUUGGAAAUCUCAAACCAAUUCUCAAGAAAAGAAGUCCCCAUUCAGUGUCCUAUCAAUACAGUGGCUCAUCCAGUGAGCCAGAGGACUCACUUCAGAGGAAAAGAGUGCAAUUAGACAAAAACGAUUCUGGUUACUCUCAUGGUGAAAUGCCUUUAUUGGAUUUGCAUGAUAGUAACACUUCUUCAAUAGACACAACAAGGCAAGAGCCCGUAUCUUCUUCUGUUAUUAGUGUGGAUGCACUGUUUAGAAAUCAAAGAGAUAAUUUGUGUUCUAGUUUGCAAACGACCAACUUUGCUCACAGCCCAGAGGCAAUCUUGCCCUCCAUAGACAGUGAUAGUGAACGGCCCCAAGUAGAAAGAAUUUCCCAUCAACUAAGAUCUUUGGCAGAUUCUCUAAGGAGUGAUACUGGAGAGUGGAACAGGCAAUUGCAGGACUCUAGUACAGGUUAUAAUAGGGUCAGUGAACUCUUAACACCAUCUUCUAAUUCCACAGCUCAACACCAAGAGUAUGAAAGUUUACCUCAGCGAUACCAGCCCUCACUAUCACAAUCUACUGUUUGUGGAGAGAAACAGGCAUUUGCAGACCAAACUUCUCCACUGAAUGCCAUCUUCUCUCCAAGUUCCAAUUCUUCCAUCAAGUCACCUCUUCCUUCAGAACGGUUUAUCUCAUCUCAGUCUCCAAUUUCUCCUGUGGAUCCCACUACUGGAAGAAAAAUAACAUUUUCUGAUGGUGUCCUUGUCCAAACAGAGGGUGCUCCUGCUCCUAGACCAGUAUUCUCUCUAGAACAAACCCCAUAUGAUUAUUAUGCACGAAGUUUAGGUAUACAUAACAAAUCUCCAGAUAUGUUUCAGGCACAUGUGUGGCCUGCUUUGAGGAGGGGCCGUGAUGUUGUGGGAGUUUGCAGUGCAGUAAACGAACAACAAAUCUUUGCUUAUAUAGUACCUAUCAUCUAUCAGUUACUUGAAGAACAACAAAUGUAUGCAGAUCUUCCAUCUGGAAGUGGGGUAAGUGAAAUGUUAUUAUAUCUGUAAAACUAUCUCCUCCUUCACUGUCGAAAAUUAAAGCUACAGCUGUAGUUAUUAAGCAUUGCCUAGCUUCAGUUGAUAAGUUACCAAUCUCAUAGCAUUUUAUUUUUUUGCUAACAGAGCAAAAAUCUUUGAUAAUUAAUUUUAUUUGCUUGUGGCUGCUUCAUACCUUGUGUGCAAGUGGCACCAAUGUAUCUCAAGUUAUCAUACGCCAUAUUUCUGGCCUCAUAAAAACAUUGCAUAGCUCUAUUACAGAUACAGUGUACAUUACUAUCCAACAGAUACAUUUAAGUAUUAGGGAAACAAACUGUGCCGAAUAAGUAGGACUAUGAUUGCAAGUCCUACUUAGCCCGAUUUUUUGGCCAAUGUCAUUUUUAUUUUCCUAAUUUUUCUGAGUCUGGCUUGUCACUUGAAAUCAUGGGGAACCUUUCACUAUCAUUAAUUUGACAACCGCUACAACAAUAGCAGAGGAAUCGUUUUCCUGUACAUGUAUUUUUAAAAUGGACAGGGUGAAUUAAAUGGUGUUAACAAUGUAAUGAUAAAUAAUUACUAAAGUAAAUGUUCAUGUAUGUUGUAUCAAUUUUUUUAGCCCAAGCUGCUCAUUCUGGUUCCCACCUGGGCUAGGGGAGAUAAUGUAUAUUACCACUGUACACGGAUGCUUGGACGAAACAGGGUUAUUCGUGUACAGCUGAUAUUUGGAGGAGGUGCAGAAGAUGAAAGGAUUGUCCAGUUGGUGAAUGGAUGUGAGAUUCUGAUUGCUACACCCCCUUGUUUUGUUCGGAUGCUCCGAAAAGGCUAUAUCAAUCUUAGCAGGCUGUGCCACAUAGUUUUUCAGGAUGCGGAUGUCAUGGUUGAAGACUUUACAUCAGAGAUUAAAGACGUUAUGAGACAUUAUGCCAAGCUAUUGAAAUCCCAACCCAAUCGCUUGGCGCCACGCCAAGCUGUUGUUAUGGCAACAUCUUGGAGUGUGGGUUUGUCAUCUUUGGUGAAGGCUUAUCUAGGGAAUCCUGUGUUGAUUAUCUCAGAUUUGAUAGAAGCUGCUAUUUAUCGAAGCGUCUUGCAAAUUGUAACUGUUUGUUCUGCUUCUCAAAGGAAUGACAAACUUCUAGGUAAGGCAAAUUUCUUUUUUUUUUCUCUAGAUCAGAACUGUUUUAAAAUGUAAACUUUUGUUAGCCUGUAUUUCUCCCAGUCUAGUUUGGAGGUGCAUGCAAGGUUACAUGUGUAAAAUCCACAUAGACUGUUAUGUCAUGACUGUUAUGCAACACUGAUUAGAAGUAGCAAGUGAAUCAUACAGUGGUCCUCUCCUACACUGAACUAAUUCAUACAACGUACUUUAACACGUCAGGCUGACACUUAUCUGACAGAUUGGUUCAUCAGGGUUUUCAUUAUAAGAAUUCUAGUAGAAGAAGAAAGGUGUAAUGUUAUAGGAGAAUAAUAUUUUUGAAAGAGGAACCACGUCUGAAUAAAAAAAUAGUCAUAGGCUAUCGAAAGUUAGCUGAAAAUUUUUGCAUGAUAAACGGGGAAUUCUCUGAUCUCCGAUGCCUUAUGAACACCCUGUUCAGCCUAAGUUACCAUUGUUCCAUAGUUAUUUCAAAGUUGAAUUUUGUCAAAAUGGGUUUUGCAGUAACAAUCAUCUACAGAGUGCACCAGGCCCCAGUUGUUUAAAAGGUGGAUAACACUGUCCACUGGAUAAAUCUCUUUCCAGUAGAUGAAGCAUUUGAUUUCCCUGUUACUUAUCCACUCAAUAGCAAUUCAUCCGGCGGAUAGCACUAUCCAACGUUUGAACAAUCGGAGGCAGUCCUAUACAUGUACAUUGUAUGAGUGGGUAGAUUUGAACUAAGCCUACUCUGUGUCUUGUACUUUUUUAUAUUACAUUUACAAUGUAUGUACCUGUACCUUUAUCCAAUAAUAAUGAGUCUUUUGUAGCUCAGUGGUAGAGCAUCUGAACUAUUAACCAGAAGGUCGUAGGUUCCUUUUCUUUUGUGAGUACUAAUAAAUGUACUAAUUAAACUAAUAAAUAAUAUUUUUAUAGUUAGUAUUUUUGCCUUUCUGUGCUUUUAUUUUUCAUCACAGGGUACAUAGAGUCUUUUAAUGACACAAAGGACAUCUGUGUUUUCACAUCAAAGACUUCAGAGGCAGAGGCUAUUGGGGAAUUUCUUAAAGCAAAUUGCUGUUACACAUUAGUGGCAACUGAGUUUUCCAGUGGCCAGGAACUUGCAAAUAUUAAGAGACAGUGGAACACCCCACAUUCUGCUGAUGCUAUGCCUGUAUUAGGUACUGUAUAAUCAUUAUAUUAUUAUUAUUAAAUCAUGUAUUAACCCAUGGGCCCCUGGGAAUUUUGCAGAAAAACACAUUUUGAAGCAAGUUUUCUGGUUACUGUUUGGCUAUAAAGAGCCAAAAAAUCCAUCUACAGGUGGUGCACUUUGCGGCCCUCUGUUUCAGAUGCCAAAAAUCAGCUUCCAAAGUUUGGGCAUCAGCACAGAAUGGAAAAUUUUCAGUUUUGGGUGUAAAAGUGAUACAGCAGUCUCCAGUUUGACCUUUUGCUUUCUCCUCUUUUGCUUUUCUUGCCUCAUGAUUUUUUUUUUGGUUUGUUUGCUGGGCGUUUACUAGGCUUCAUUUUGGCGGAAAAAGCUUUGGGGAAAGCUUUUAGGUUUUUUGAUGGAAGGAAGGGUAGUUACACAGUUUUUGCCUUUUUUUCUCCGGACUCCUUGAUUAAAUCUUGCUCAUUCUGGUAUUAUUAAAUUGAAAGGUCUCUUCAACCUGCACAAGUUUGAUGACAACAUUGUCCCGGACUGUUCAUCUUUUGCCUAUUUUUUUUUUUUUCACUCGAUUUGGCAAUUCAAGGCCAGAUUUGGUUGGUUUAUUCCCAAAAGUGGAAGUGCCAGAAAAUUGUUACUCUCCUUAAAGUCCAAAUGUAAUACUGUCCAGGAUGUCAAGAGAGUUUAAAGAAAAAGGGGAAAAAAUAGCUAAAAAAAAUAGGCAGAAACAGUUCAACAGGGAGGAGGUUAGUUUGGAAAGAGGUAUCAUUAAAAUCAUUGUUCAAAAGUUUACAAAAUCAUGAGGUGAAAAGGCUGGUAAGAUUCAUUAAACUAUUGGUGAUCUAUUUUAAGUUACAUGUAGGUCUAACAUCAAACUAUUUCCUCUUUAUGGAUUUACUUAUUGUAAUCGCUUUGGACUUUAACCAUUUUUUGCACACAUGUACCUCAAGGCAAAUUACUGUGUGAUUUUAUUCCUUAUUUUAAAUUAAUGUUGUAAUUUUUACAUAUUUUUCUCUGUCUGUCUUGCUAUAAUUUUUAAACUCGGUGACCAUACUAUAGCUACAUGUAUUCCUGUUUCCUAUCAUUCAAUCAUUGAUUAUAAUUAUUUUUUAUCUCCCUUAGUUAUGACUGAUGAUGUUAUUGAGAGAAUGAACAUCACAAAUGCUUCUUGUGUUAUUCACCAUACCUUUCCUAGCAAGGAAAAGUUCCGCAGGAGGUUGACUACUCUUGCAGGAAAAUUCACAUCAUCAGAGGUACAGCAAAUAUGAAUAUCAGACACAGUAACAAAUAUACAUGUAUAUUAAAUUUAAUAUCAACCAUUUAUUAAGAUUGUUUAUUGUGAGUGGCUGUGAAUGAUUUUUGGCACCCGCAUAAAUUCAUGGAGGUGGAAUGGAGAGUGAAAAGGGAAUUCCUACAAACUGACAGCAUGAUUCUCACUGAAAACUCGGGUUCAUUUCUUAUUUGCAGCUUUAUUUAUGAGUUGUCAACUUGAUGAACAUAAUGUACAUAUUAUAAUAUGCUACUAAAAUGACUGAAAAAAAUGCCAGUGGUAUUUGUAGCCUGUGCCACAGAUGGAAAUUCGGUCAAGUCCAUCUGCAUAAACAGCACCUAAAUCCUUGUGCUGGGCACCCUCCUGUGUACCAGGAUUUAAGUGCAUGCCAUGAUUGGCCUGUUAAACAAAAACAAUGGCAAUUUGCCAGUCAAGUUGAAGGUACAUGUAAAUAAAAUUCGAAAUGCAUUUCCAGUAAGUUAUUCUCUUGUUGGGGGCCCGAACAAGGAUAUCAGCACUGUUUCGCAGAUGUUACCAACUGGGGUUAGAUUACGCCUCCUUUCCUUGCUGUUCUUCUCUUGUUCUUCAUGUCAUUCACCCAAAGCCUGUUUUUAUAAAUGCAUCCAGAAAAUUAGUACAUUCUUCAUCAUGCUGUAAUCCAGUGGGCAAAUCUUCAGUUCCAGCAUUAAAUUGCAAUGAAGUCUACAACUUUGAGAAACCAAACACGAUGGCAUGACCCACUUUGAGUCUUAAAAUGCAGCAAUCAACUUUAAGCCAUUUUGAAAAUUUUGUUCUCAUAAUAUCAAUUGAGUAUCAUAAGCAUGAAAAAAGGUAUAGUGUAAUGAUUACAGUCUCUAUGCAAACUAUAAUUACAAAAAUAAGUUUAAUUUCACUUCACCACUAGUCACCCAUGUGUGAUCCACACUGAACCUUUGAUUUACGUAUUAUUGUUUCUUUCUUGCAAUUGUUCAAGGAGCAUGGCUGUGUUUCUCUCUUCAUGGUCACUGAAAGAUGCAGUUCUGCCAAUGGUGCCAACAUUGCUCGUUUGUUAAAAAGGUGUGGUCAGGAGGUGCCACACUCAUUACAAGAAAUUGUGGAAAUCACAACUCAGGCAAGUCUGUCAUUGAAGACCCUAAUAUACCAGUCCAAACAUGAGUGUACAUUGUAAACAGACCACAGAGAGUGUUCACUCAUGUGAUACUGUAAAAACCCACAAGCAAGAACCUGCAUUUUCCCAAGAAAAGUUAGCCUAGACAGGUUCUUACAUAAAUGGUAAUUAGCACAAAUUUAGGAUAUUGGGGUUAAAACUAUUAGUUUCUUAUUUUUAAAGGAAAAAAGUACAUUGUAGCUUACUCCUUAUAGGUACAAUGUAUUUAUAUAAAAUCUGUAUUCCAGUUUAGUAUAAUUUUAUGUGUAAAAAUGACUAAGAAAAAGAACUGAAGUGCUGACCACAUGAAUUUUGAAGUCCUCCUUCAGAACAUAACAUACUUUUUUGUAAUGCCUUAUUUUGUUUGCCCAAGCAAGGCUGUGGCCUUAAGAAAAUUUAAGGGAGCCCAGUGCUCUGAACCUGUAAAAUCUGGGGUGCCCAACAUAUGAUUUCUAUGAAAUUUCUAGUUGCCCGAGAGCAAAAGUUGGGCAUCGGGAGUCAAUGGGCACUGCUAAAGCACAGCCCUCCAAGUGUACAGAAAUUUUUUUAAAAUAUAGAUUUUAGAAUCCAACCAAUUCCCUUUUUCAAAUUUUAAGAUAAACAGGUUCUUGUAUAGAGGGGGCAUAACUGGCUAAUUUUAGCCUAACAGGUUCUUGAAAACCAGGUUUUUUACUCGUGGGUUUUUGCUGUACUUUAUUUUGUCGCCUGCAUACAUGUACAGUUUUACUACAAAAACAAGGUGAUGCCAAGUCUGUAUUUUUACUGUUAUUUCUAACACUACAUGUAUGUCAGGUUUUAAGGUUUUCUUACUUUGUCUUUCUUUGUUUUAUUGCUCAGGAAAGAGAUAGGAACAAGGAUUUAUGUUAUUUUCUUAAAGCUUUUGGCUCCUGCAGGUACAGUAUUACAGAAAUUAACUACAAUAUACCUAUCACUGUUAGGAGUUUUGAAUAUUUUUACUAUUAUAUAGUAUUAUUAAUAUAUCAUUAUUAUUUUUAAAUAGUAUAACUUUUUUAAUGCCUGUGCCAUGUAAAAAGAAAACUAAAGUACAGAAACAAUAUGUGUAAGUAACAAAAAAUACAUACCCAUGUAGGAUAUAAAGAUCCUUACAGUGUAUAUUCGUCCUGUAUUCUUUUCCUCAUAUCAACGGGAAUUGGUUUAUGUGUAAGGGAAUAAAAAAAUGAAUAUGAAUAUGAAUAAAAUUCUAUCACACUUCCACAUAGUGGUUCUCCGUCUGCCAUUCGUGGCUGAAUUGGAAUUUUUGGAAAUGUUGGCUUUUAAGGAGAAAAACCUCUUGGAGCAAAGGAGAAGCAACAAUGAAGUGAACCCACAUAUGACAUUAUUACCACGCAGAUUGUCUAGACUAGAUUGUGGAGUCUGUAUUUGUAGAUCAGUAUCUUACAGAAGCAAUACCAAUAAUUGCAACAAAAUGUUAGUGUUUUAACAUACAUUGUUCAUGAUUUUUGCGGGCGACAAGAGGAGCCCUCAAUCCUAAUCUCCAGGUUGUUAUUACGCAUGCAUCGCAUGUAUGUAGCUAACAUUCGUUUGGACUUCCACUAAUAUUGAAUGGAGUGCACAAAACGCAAUUUGAUCACGCGCGUUUCUACUUUCUAUCCCUCGUAAUCUGUUCACGAGUGUUUUGACCAUUUGUCACGUGAAACUUACGCAAAGCACAGCGUUGGAGCAAAAGCGUUUGGACCUCCGAUCGUUGUCGCCCGCACUCCUUAACCUUUGGUUAUUACUAGUCAAGUAGUUCAGUGUUUGAAGUAGGAACUGAAAUAUGCAAAAUAUUGCAAAGGCUUCAAGCUUUAAUUGUCGAUCGGUAUAAAUGUAUUUACAUGCCAAUUCCAUAUGUAAUAUGUAGAUUGAAAAGCCCUAGCAGAAGAUGCCAAAACAGGCACACAGUGCUGACUGAACGUGAUAAGCCUUUGGAGGGCAUUCCUACAUCAGGCAUAGUGAAGGUAAGUUUGUAGUUAAGCUAUAACUUAUAGUGCAAUCCACCCUAUUAAUAUUUUGAAUUUCCUUAGUUCCUGCUAUUUGAGAAAGAAAAACGUUACACAGUCUUGUACCAGAAACCCUGCUUGUACAUAAUACUAUUCUAUUAUUGUGAAACUUGUUUGAAGUGGAACUCAUUUUAAGCGGACCCGGUAAAAAAAAAGGUAAAGGCGCACACGAGCCAAAGGCCCAAACAGCCCGAGCUUAUCCCGGUUUUCUUAGCAUGUAGCAUGCCUAGGAGUAUUGUUACUGGACGGGAUGCUAGUCCAUCGCAGGGUUACCACCGUAGUUAGAAGGCCUAUUAGCGCUUAACCUAGGGUUAAAUUUAACCCGGGUUUCUUUUUCAACGAGGGGACUUUAACCGAGGUCAAAUUGUCGGGAGACCUGUUCUCUCACCACUUUUCCAUUCCUGCUCCCCCAAAGAGAUGUCUUCAACCAUAGCUUUGAUGUUUAUAGACAUCUUCUAUGCUAGUAGUUACCGAAGGUUACCGAGCGUGGGUGUCAACGGUCGAAGGUUAAAAUGCUUUUGCUCCAAUGCUGUGCCUUAGCAAGUUUCACGUGAUUUGAUUAGAUUAAUUUACGAUUGUUAGAAGGUCCAAAUGCGGGCAAUCAGAUUGCGGUCUACGCAUUCCAUUCAUUUUUUGUGGAAGGACAAACGAAGCUGGGUAGAUACCUGCCGUGUAUGCGUAAUAGCAACUUGGAGAUUAAGAUUGCGGGCUCCUCUUGACGACCACAGUUAGUUUGGCCAUAGUCUCUCCGUGGUUUUCAGCGUAUUUCUUCUCCUUUAGGUGCUGGUCCUCUAUGUAGAGGACACAUCAUGUUACUGGGUGAGGAUUUUAGAGCACAGACCUGGGAAAGCAGAUCAGACCAGUUUCAGCAGCAGCAUCCAUACCAUAGAUAGUACUGAGUUUCUGGAACUCACCAUGUCGGUUAGUGGGUGGUAUGCCAAUCCAGCUAACAGGGUCAAACAUGAACUAGUUUCCAUUGGAGAUCUCUGUGCUAUGAUGUGUGGGAACUCUUUUCAGAGGUACAGCCGUGACUUACUACUUGUUUACAUUCACAAAGAAAACUACCUCUAAAAGUGUAUGAUGAUGAUGAUUAUUAUGACAUAAUAAAGCACCGAUAUCAAUAUUAGAUAUUUUCAUCAGUGAUAAAAAGAAAAUGUAUUGAACAUCAAAAGUAUAAAGCUACUUAAAGUACUAAUACUAAUAUUUUGUAUUUACAACCCUCCAUAAAAAUUAAUAGCCCUUCCUAAAUUGCGGAAUGCUAGUGUCUAAGCACAUUUUUCCCUUUUUGAAUGAAUAUUGUCUCUUUUGUUGUUGCUACUCAUCAUGAACUUCAUCUACUCUGAUCUUAAAAGCUCAAGGUCAGAUACUAUGGAUAUAAACAAUUUCAAUCAAAAACGAAAAGAAAAAAUGUCUUCUUUAAGUGGUGUUUGUUGUAUUUAUCUUCAGAGUAAAGAUCUGUAAAAUCACAGGUGUGGAUGACGCUAGCAAGAAGCCCAAGUAUGUCGUGGUAAGCAUUUUUUGAACGCUUCCCACCACUGACUUUUUCUGGACUUGUUUAGGCGGGGUGUUCAGCUUUUGAAAUAAUUCCAGAGACUUUUUUGGGUUGUUAAUAAGUGAUAUAACUGUUAAUCUUAGCUUGUCACUAUAGAGCGCCCAAAUGUCAAAUUUUUGGUUAUUGACAUGUUUCUGCUGCGUUUCCCUAUCCUUGCUGGAACAAAUAGCUGUAUUUUUAGCAGGCGCGCGUCCUUGCGCGAUUCCCGCCAGAAAAGUAUAAAUGGCGCAUUACCGUGAAGAGGAUGCGCCCCUAAUGCUGCAUGUACGUAUUGUCGUGUAAUUGAGUGUGUAAAUGGAACAGUUGAACCCCGCCUACGGACACCUGCUCAAUCAGACGGACAUCCCGUUAACACGGGCAUUUUCUAUGGCCCCCUCACUUUCUUUGUUAACGGGGUUUGACUCUACUUGUGAUGAAAACCAAUAUUUUAUUGAUCUAGUAGCCGGUUUGUUGAAAACCGGAAACAAAAAGGGUUUUACAUCUCAUUUUGUAAUUGAAACAGAAAUAAUGAGAUAUACAUGUAGAGCGAAAAUGGUGCGAUUUAAAACAGAAAUGACGUGAUUUAGAACAUGAAGUACGCGAAUUAGAACAGAUGUGAUUUAGAGCCUAAAAUAGUGUGAUUCGUGAAUUAAUCACACUGCUGAGAGCCAAUGAGAUUGCAGUGAUCACAAGUGACUUCAAAAUGUUUAUAAUAAAGAAAAAAUGUACAUCAAACAUGAUACAUUACCGCUAAAACGGCAAGAGAAAAACAAAUAAAGUUGUUGUUGUUGUUGUUUGGUACCUACAUGUAAUACGCCUACUCUUUGAAUUCUGCGAUUUCAAAAUGGUUGUAAUAAAGUGCUAAUUGAACUUCAUGUCGUGCAGUUUUGGUCUGAAAUCAUACUUGUGAUUUCAAAUCGAACUCGUGCUGUGCGUUUGUCCACGCGUAUGAUUUCAGACCAACUUGCACUCCACUCAGUUCAAUAACAUUGUUUAUCAUUAACUAAUUAUUAUAAUUAUUAUUAUUAUUGUUGUUUUUGUUGUUGCCUUUUUUUAUUCACACGCACGUUACCCUUUCAUAUGCGUGAUAACACAUAGUAACCAAGCAGUGGUGGUAUUAUUCUUAAAGAACAAGCUUCUAAAACUCAUUCAGUAGAUUAUUGUGUCUUGUUCUAGGUUCAAUAUGUUGAUAGAGGAGCUUUUGAAGAGGAUGUAGAUGUUAAUAGACUCCUUCAACUUCCACCACAGUUCCAUUCCUGCCCAUUUCAGGUAUCUUCUUAAGAUGUUGGAGUAAUGUUAAUUCGUCCUAGGGACCUUUAAAUACGCCGUUUUCCGGUCUGCCUGUGACAUGUCCGUAAAUUCGGGUAGACUCCUUUUUACCUCGAGUUUAAAAAUACCAUCCCAAAUGUACGCCUAGCCUCAGUAAUAGGCUUUUUCUGAGUUGUCCCAUUUUUUUUUCGAAGCGAGGCUAAGUACGAAGCCAUUAAUAUGAAAAUUAUGCAAAUAAAACCCAUUUUCACAAGAGAGACUUAUGCACUUAACCUCAUUUUGAAAGUGAGGGGUUUUGGAAUUUGGAAAUUGCCAAUUGGCUAUUGUGCGGUUGUAUGUGAGAUUUGGUCGGUGUUACCUCGAAUUACAUUAUGGGCCCGAUUAGGGGCUUCUUUUAUUAACUAUAGCAAAGUUGCGCAGGAUUCGUCCCCAAAACAGUCCCGUAGCGUAUUUCGACGCAACACCGACCGAGUCUCAAACGGAACUUGUAAACGGCCAAUAGAUUUUCUUAAACAGGAGGUCUAGAGUUUGAGGAAUGGGGAAACGUUCACAAUGGAACGCGCGCGGAAGAAAGAAAACAACCUUUGUCCGACUGGUUUCAAACUCUGGAGCUCCACCUGUGGCUGACCCUGCACUCCAACCACUGCUAAGGCUACAUGUAAACUGGGUUAUGGUUCUUUUGUGGCAUGUGACUCCUGUAUGAUAGGAUAAGGAGGAGGAGUAAGGAGUAAGGAGGCAGCAUGGCCGAGUGGUCAGCGCGUCGGACUCGCAAUGGUCUCGGUGCCCCCCCUGGCCACUUGCUGGAUUUGCGCUCGGUCCUCCAGAGAUCAAAUCUUUGGCUAUGCUUGUAAAUAGGCAACUGGUUGCCUUCUGCCAGUUGGGGUUUUUAAUCCUGUUAUGUUGUAUUUGAAGUAUAUGUUUCUAAGUAUUUGAGUGGAGUGCACAAAAACUAGCAGGAUAAGCUAAGUGCACUUUCCACUAUAAACAAACCUUUAAGCUACUAUGUUGAAGCAUUUUGUGUGGGGAUAGAUAAUGAAAGAUGGAAACAUUUUUUAGUCACAUCAUCUUUAUUUUAUUUUCAGGCUGUUCAAGUAUUUGCAUGUAGAGUGCAACCUCUUGACAAAGAUGAAGAGUGGACAGUAAAGGUACAGUUUUAAACCACAAUAACAUAAUGAUUUUUCCUCCAUUGUAACCUCGCCAGAGUAGCAUAAUGCGACUAGUUUACGAUGAGACAAACUUAAAGCAAGGGGCACACAUUCACCAACUCACGCCCUGGCCAGUACCUCACGCGUGCGCAAAGCCAUAUCACCCGGGCAGUUGCAGCCGCGGACAGCUGUUUCGCCUUUAUUGGGGCUCAUCAGCAGGGAAAUGGUUCUUAGAGACAGACGUUACCGCUAUAUGUUAUUUAUUUGUUUAUUUACUUAUUUAUUUUGUCAGAGCAAACUCUUUGUCAAACACCUUAUUGAGGGAAAGGAAAUGGAAGGAAGAGUGGUAUUGAGGUAUAGUUGAACUUUAAAAGAAUUUUCGUCAUUCUUAGCGAAGAAGUGUCGUUUGCAUGGUCUCUUUUUACCCUCGAACGAAAGCGCCCUGAGGCCUAGUUUUCAUAUAAUCGCCCAGAUCACCUCGAUCGCUCAAGGCAUCUCAAAAUGUGCUAAGGUGAUCAAGAAGAUAAUAUGCGACGCCGUCGGGACGAUCCGUACUAUUAGGGCGAUCGUAAUUGCCUGUAGGAAACUCAAGUCUGCAUAUACGCUUGUUUCCAUAUAUUCGUUCGGAUUAUCAUAAUCGCCCUAGUCGUCUCAACUAUUGUAGUUUCUUGAUUUUACGGACGGGUGCGAUUACCAACUGAUUUAGUACAAAGAUUGCAAAACAAACUGAACAGUCCCCACACGUCAAAACAAAAGCGAACCAACGAUAAUAGGCCAUUUCCGAGUUCCCCCGGGCCUCUGUUUCAAAACGAGGGUAGGUUCUCAGCCUUUGAUAUGGAAAUCAUUUUUCAUUCUCAUGCAAAAAAAACUCAUUUUCACGAGAAAGGUUUUGCACCUAGCCCCAUUUUGAAAGUGAGGGUUUUUGGAACUCGGAAGUGGGCUAUUUGCGAAACUGGAAAAAUCACCCCAGAAUGAGUUCAGGCGAUCGAGGCGAUCUUAAGGAAAAAGUACUUGAUGCGAUGCGGGACUUUCCAAAGCGCUUGGCGAUCACAAUUAACUAGAUUUGCAGCCUCGCCCGACUCAUUCCGAGAAUCAGGCGUAACAACUUAACACUGAUUGAAGGUUGGAAGACACAAGGGUCUAGGGACAUUACAGGGAUAGUUCGUUUUGUGUGCACUAGACCUUUUCUAUGCUGGCAGCACAGGUUUGGGGCAAAAUUGUCUCCUCAACAUGUUGAACGAAGUUCAAUUUGUUAGCUUCGUAGGGAAUCACGGUUUUUCUGCGACGGCGUCGGUCAAUAUUUGAGCGAGACAACGACCAGGAUUCUCUGUGUUGAUACACCAGAGAAGACAACAAUGAAACAUUCCCAAAGCAUUUUCUUGGUAAUGCGCUCUAACCACCACAUUACAUCGUCAAGGAUUUCAAAUGACAUGAACUUCUUUGACAAUGUCAAAACUUUUCUUUUUAGCUUAGGUAAUACAAUGUGGCUUGAUCCUUUGGUGGAAAGGACUUAUUUAGAGACCAUCAAUGUUACAACUAAUAACCUGAACAUAAGAAUGGAGUUAUUGGAAGAGAAACUUGCGGCUGACAACAAGCAGGUACUAAUGAGUUGACAACGAGCAGAUUCUCGAGUUUUUCCCGUUUUUUUUAUAGGUAAUUUUGAGAACUUAUGGUGUUUGAUAAUUUCUCUUCACAGCAUGUGCGACUUCUAAGAAGCUUGUGCGAGGGAUUCAUUUAUCUGCCACCUUUGGAGGGUGGGUCAAGUGGUCUUACAGACAACAGGUAUUACUUAACUGUUAAUCUCGCUGUUUACUUCCACAUGUUAAGUCUCAUACAAAGUAGGUAAUUUCUUAUAGGUUUCCAUAAAAACCAAUAUCACUUUCAUAAUGGUCACAUCACAACUUAUUGGCUUUAACCCUUUCACUGCCAAAUGUGGGCGAAGGCAAAUUUCGACCAAAUAUCCAAAUUUCAUUUCUUAAUAUUUUGACAAACAAAUAGAGUCAUGUGAAAGUACAGGCAGAGAGCUUUCAUUUGAAUGGUCACAUCAUAGCAUUUCGUCCACAGACUCAAAAGUUAGAGUCACCUUACAAAACUCCAUCAAGCACUCUGGCAGUGAAAGGGCUAACUUGGGUAUGCUGUGGUGUAACUAACUUUAUCUUUUUAAUAUUGUUGUUUGUGCUAUAGUUAUGAUGGAACUGGUGUUCUAAACUCAGUGAUUUUGCCCGAGGAAGGAUUCCACUCUGUUUACGUGUCUGCUGUGGAAAAUCCAGGUCUCUUUUUCAUCCAGUUACAAUCGUCGGAAGAAAGGUAAUAAGCGGUCAGCGGGUGUUAUGAACAUUUUGUUUUCAUAUCACUCAUCGCGAGGACAGAUGUCCGUAGGUCAUAAAUCUUCAUCCGCAAGCGUAAUGCACGUGCAAAGUUGUUGUUUUGCUUAUUAAACCUAUUCCCCUUUUUGACGUUCUCGUUGCCGUCGCGUCGUUGGAUCUUAAAAUCCCUACUGAGCAGGUGACACCUCGAAUUUGGGAUCUGUAGGUCCAUGUUCCCUAUGUUUCCUUAGGCUGAGUUCACACUGCCCCGGACGAAUUUUAGACCUGCUGAAAAUUCGUGCGUUUAGAAGUUCCGUUCACACGGAGCCACCUUAACCGUACGAAAAUUUACACGUUCAAAGAGGAAUAUUUAGACGUUUCGAAGUUCCGUGUAAACAAGGCGAGAAUAGGUGGUUUUCAUGCAAUCUCGGGAGACACUAAUAACAAUGGUGAAAUGAACAAAUGCUGGUGGACAAACAAAGCGAGCUAAUGAGCGAUCUUUUGUUUACCGUCCACCAGCAUGGCGGCGAUGACGUAACGUGAAAACCACCUAUAGGGACCUGAACAGAGGACGACGACGACGACGACGGCAGUGUAAACGUCGGUAAAAAAAUGAAUUUGCGUUGUUUGUCACCUUAAUCGCGUCUUUGGACCCGCUCAAUAUGUCAAAAUGCAGGCGACUUUUCCUGAAGUUGAAUUCUUAAGGAUUUUAUUCAGGUUCCAAAAGAGGAAGGAAAAUUCGUCGUCGUAUGUCCACGUCCUCCAUAAAACGACAAAUUAGGAAGUUUCACGUCGUAGUCGUGCAAUGGACGUCAAAGAAAUGUACUAAAAAGCGUGAUGCACGUGCAGAGCUGUUGUUUUGAUCAUUAAACCUAUUUUUUAUUUUUUGAAGUCGUCGUAGUUGCUUAAGCUCCCUAAUAUUGAACGGUCGCAUGUAAACGAAGUGUCCCGUCAAAUUUUUCAGCCCGUCGAAAAUUCGUCCAGUGCCGUGUGAACUUGGCCGUAGACAAAACCUUUGGUCCAGUUUGUCUCUUUUCACCCAGAUGUUUAAAAGGAUACUGGCGCCAACAUACUACUAGGGUAUCAGUAAUCCAUUUUAAAGUUACGGGUGCAAACGUGGCUGGAUUUGACCUCGUUUUGAUGCAAUCCUUCCUGGUUUAUUGUUAAUUCAUGUUAUUCUUAUGCUAACUAGUAAAAUUAGAGCUGAUUUUCAUAAGAAAAGGAAAGAGGUCAAAGGUCAACCUCUGCCUCAUGUUCACUCAGAGGCUAGGGUACUAAGCCCAUAACUGUAGAAUGGUCUAUUCGUUGGAUUAUUAGGGAGGGAUCCACUGUAAUUGGUUAGGCUGUAGUGGUCUCCCUGCCUAAUACUUUUUAUGUAUUCAUGCAUAAAGAUCGUAUUCUAGUUAGGCGAAGCUACAUAAAUAAAUAUUAACUUCCAACUUUUGUUUGUUGUUCUUGUAAAGCUUGGAGGAUCUAAGGCAGAAGAUCAACUCUGGAGUGAGUAGAGUUGAUGCUGAAGAAACUGAAGUGUCAGUUGGUUCGUAUUGCAUCGCAAAGUUUUCAGAGGAUGACAAGUAAGUUAAGAUAAUCAAGUCAGCUGCUUGUGUUGUACUGAAACAGUGUAGGAGUUGUUUGCAACUUGUUAAAAAUCAAAUUUAAAGACUGAAAAAGAAAGUAAAAAACUAUUAAGUACUGUGUUGUCAAAUACUGUAAUACGAAUAGUAACGCCUGAAAGAACUGUCAAUGAGGUUUCGUUUGGUUGGUAAAAACACAUAAUAGACGGCGUGCAGUCUCUCCUUUGAGAGUGAGUGGGAGCGAAUGUUAAUGUGCGAGCCGGAGCAGCGAGUUAUGCGUGCGCCAGUACGAGUGAAAAGAGCAUUUAUGAAGCCCGAUACUCCGGUGACAAACUGUAUUCGUUCGUACUGGCUCCAACUCGCUGCUCACGGCGACACCACUCGCACACACGCAGUCGCUCUCGCUCUCAGAUUUUUGAAGAGAGACUUGCUCUCUCUUAUGUGCCACAUAAGUUGUAGUACCUUUACUUGGAAAGCUUUGCAAGUAUGAAAACACUCAUAGAGAAUUUAAUCAGUGACUUUUUUCCCUUUGCAAAAAUAGGUGGUAUAGAGCCCGAGUCAUGGGGAGCAGGCCUGAUGAUGAAUAUGACGUCUUCUAUGUUGACUUCGGUGAUCGAGAGUGGGUGACAAGAGAUAGGAUUGUCCAAGCUUGGAGCGGCAUUCUACAGCUCCCUCUUCAGGCGAUAGAAUGCGCUCUUGUUAACGUCCAACCCAUCGGUGAGCAUUAAUCAUCAAUGUACUGUACACCGUCAAACAGCAUGAUAGUGUAGCCGACAUUCUUCGACCGCCGAUAACUCGAACCUUCAAGGGAAAUCGGAAAAAGUUCGAAUAAGUUUCGAGUAAGUAAAUGGGAUUGGAGAGGAAUGCAAGUAUCAUGCACACUUCACAGUACAGCGCUAAACAUUUUUUUCAUUUUUAUUGGACUGCCAAAAAAGUAAUUAAGACAAAAACUAUACGGUUGUUUUCAAAUAGAUUUAGUAUUUUGGAUUGUAGUUAAUGCACUGCUAUUUUUAGCUAGUUAACGAGGGUAAAAUUGUAUAGAAAUUAUCUGAAGGGAAGCAAAAAUUGCUUCGAGUUAGCGGAAAUUUCGAGUUAUCGAGGGUUCUAGCUACCGAGGGUAAAAUUACAGUAAAGGUAUGAAGGAAAUCGAGGGGAAAUCGACUUUGGUUUAAGUUAGCGCGAGGUUCGUGUUAGGGAGGGUUCGAGUUAUCGGGAGUCGACUGUAUAAUCAAAUUAAAAUAUUACACUUAGCAAUCAUAGUACGGGUAGUUCUUUAAAUGAACCAAUCCGAUGACGAAGCUCGCGUCAUGCAGGGGUGGAAAACGCAUGUGACCAAAUCAUGGUUGGUUUUGUUUUCUUCACAGAAAAUGAUUGGAGUGAAAAAAGCAGUGAAGCAUUCUGGGAAAUGGUAACUGAUCAGCUGCUUGUUGCCAAGGUAACCGUAAUAGAUACUUUAUAUCUGAUAACCUUUAUUUUUUAAUUGACUUGGAUUUUACAAAGGAUGACGUGAAUGGGUCGCAAAAAUUACGUCAGCAGCAAUUCAACUGUAAUAUGGUAAAAAUAACUGAAUUCAAAUUGUAAUCGCGCAUUUUUGCUGCGGUAUAAACGUCUUUUCCCCUGGGAAAAAGUAAAACUGCGUGCGCGUGACGGUGUGACCGCUUCUUCAUCCUGUAAGUUUAUCCUUGGACACACAUCUGUAACCACAGAAACGUCAAAAACGUUCAUAGUAAGCGACUGACAGAAUAGAAAAGCCAGUCUGUAAAAAGGCUAAAGUUUCACACAUAAAAGAUGCAACACGUGCGACGAAUAGCGCGGAAAUGAUAUUGUAACUGCUUUUACCUCUACCUUUGAUCGCAGGUUAAAUGUAAAAGUGCAUCUUUAGUUACCGGAAGUCACAGAUUUGAAAUUGAGCUUUAUGACACCAGUACAGAACAUGACGUCAUCAUCAGUCACGAGAUGGUCGCAAUAGGGCAUGCGCACACAGCACCUGAGGCUACCAAGGUUUGUAUAGACACCUUAGCAUUGUAUCAUACUGGGAGCCAUUUAUUUUGGAUCGCUCUUGCUAUUGUAAAGGUGUUAAAUGGUAUGACUAAUUCGCAGGUUUUGAUUUAUGUAUUUGUUUUCCUAAAUCCAGUUUUUGUUUGGAGAUGCAACUGACGAGCAGGAAUGUUAUGAUGUAAGUACAGCCUCCUGUGGUUGUAUGUACGAGUAAUGGUAGGCAAGUCUGUAGCUAGUCACUGCAAAUAGUUUCUCUUUCUUGAAAGGACAGGGUGCGCGGAGACACGUGAUUUGCAGAUACACUGAUCUCUGCCACAUAUUCACUGCUAUAUGUAGUUUCCUCGGUACAACAAUUCACUUGCGCUCAAGGAAGAUUUAGUUCAGCUGGAAAAUGAUAGUCUUUUCGAUUUUGUCCAGAAUUAUGUCCGACCACAGUUAAGAUUUCGUCGAACAUGAUUUGCAGAUCUGGUAUGUUGUAUUCUGUUGGAAUGGAUGUAUCAGCAAACGCUAUCAACAGGUGGAAGAGAAAUAACAGAAUUGGCAGCAUUUUGAAAACUGGUUAAUUUUACAUCUAAAGCAGUGUAACUCUAAAUGUAUAAGGUUAAAAGACUCCUCAUUCACUUGGUUUCCAAGCAUUUUGUGCUAUUGUUUGGGAAUUUUUUUUAACCACGAGGAAAAUCAUUUGUCGCAACAUGGUCAACACGCAUAAUGGACAAUAACAUUCCGGCGUGCGUUGCUAUAGCGACAGACAUAGCCACGAACUAUUUGAAACGACUACUCUUACCUCGUACAAGAAUACCGUAUUCUAAUUAAGAAUUUACUGAUCUGGUUUGUUGUUAAUUGCACUUAAAAUUUUGUCAUUGCUUAAUUAACUCUCUUCGCUGCUAAGAAUGUAAACGGCAACACCGCAGGAAAUCUCCGUCGCACGACUUCAGUUCGCUGAGACGGACAUGUCUGGCAUGUCCAGGUGUUCAAAUACUGCGCAGCAGCGAAAAAGGGAGAGCUCUGUCGCUCAAUCUCUCCUUGCGGUGUUUCUGCAUUGUUUACGGUGCCGUCCCACUAUCUGAAAGCCUUUAAAAGUCUCCGUAGACGCACUCUAGCUGUCUAUAAGUCUCUCUGAGCGUGAAAGUGUUAAUCAAUUGAGGACCGCUGUAUUUUUUUUAGUAACGUUUAUUUCCCUCGUUUUUUAGUUUCCUUACCAGAGAAUACCACAGAUGUGUCUUCAAGCCCAUCAAUGCAGGGUAAGGUACCAUACAACUUCACAUAAAGACUGAAAAGUAACUCUUACAAAGAACUUUGUUUCUGUUUAACUUUAGUCAUUACUGUGCUCGCCAUAUACAUUUGGAAAAACAGCGCCUGGAAGAGAAUUUUUUGACCAGCCCGAAAGGGCAAUUUGACAUGUGUUUUUUCAUUGUUUCAGGAUGCUACGAGGAAAGUAGACAUUAUCAAGGAAAUACAAAGUGUCGUAAUGAACAGCGAAGGGUGAGCGAGCUUUUUCUUCGAGAGAUUAUCCCAACAGACUGUGACCGAAGCUUUCCUUAACCUUUUAAGCCCUUACGUUUCAACAUUUUUAAAAAGGAUACCGUUAUUUUUUCAAACCAUUGCUGUUACAUUUCCUAUGGUAUUGGCGGUGAUCGUUUUAUUUAUUCUCAUAACUCUCAUGUUUGAUUGAGCCGAGAAAUCAAAAGGUUCCUGUUUGUAAGUAAGCCUAGUACACGUACGCUAUUAGAGUGCAGCAGAUACUGUGCGGUGGAUUUACUAUGUGCUAAGAUCUAAUUCCUCCUCAUAACUUAUUAUUUUAGACGUAGAUAGCGACAUUUCCACUGCUCAAUCUUGGUUUUUAUUAACCCAUAGAACAGUUAAGAGCCAAAUCUACAAUUCACCAAAAACCAGAGUGAUAUAAAGUGAAUUACAUUUCCUACUCCUUCUACCUCCUGAUGAAGAGCAAAAGUAAGCGGUAGAAAAGUUCGCUUUCAAUAAUUUCAAUGGAAAUCCAGAUGGUGGCCACCUAACAUCAAAUAACAUACUCAAGUAGUUAAGUCUGUUUGAAGUUGCUGUAUUACUAGAAGGUUUAUCCGAGUUUCUAAUCCAAAUGCAUUUAUCUUUAGGUAUAAGGAUGAUUUACGGGACUGUGGUGGAAUCCAAGCGCUAUGUCGGCUAUUGAGUUUAAACAGAGAUCCCCUGGUGCUACAGCACAUUCUUACAAGUCUUGCCUCUUUAGCUUUUGGUAACGACAGGUCAGUUUGCUUUACUCUUUCUAGCUUCUAUAAGUUUUGACUGAAACGCGCCGUGCAUUCAGUACAACUUUAACUGGAGUAUGAGUAUCACUGUAAAGGACUUGGAAGUAGCGUGACCAAGCGGUUAGAGCGCUGUAAGACUCGUAAUUCGAAGGCCUCCGAGGUCAAGUCCCGCUCUGACCGCUAGCUGGAUUUGAUCUCGGUAGUCCCGAAUUCGGCUGCACUUGUAAAAUAGCCAGCUGGUUCGCCUCCUACCAGUUGGGAUUUUUAACCAUGUUAUGUUAAAUCACUUUUAAAUUAUUCGUUUCAUUAUCCCUGAAAAGCUUCAUAAGGGGAGAGGAUAAUUAAUUAUUUAUAUUUAUUAUUUAUUUCCUCAUAGAGUGGUUUUCGUUUGAGUGUCGUAAAACCAAAACCAAAGUAAUUACUCUGGCCAAUCACAUAGGACACAGACAAUACAUUGAACCAAUCAAAACUCGAAGUAAUUACAUGUGGCUGACGCAAAGAGUCACAAUUGGCUUUGGUUUUACUUCUGAUUGGAUGAAAAGGUGGCGCGAAUCUUUUAAGCCAAUCGCAUCGUGUAGAAAGUGCAAAACCAAUUACUUUUCGACACUCAAAUGAAAACCGCUCUAAUGCUUAAUCAUUUCUAGUCAUGGCAGCAAUCAACGCACCACGGAAACGGUUUUUGUCUUGUGUAAAUCUUUCUUGUCUCUGUGGCUACAGACUGCUCGCAGUCUCUUAGUUAACUAAAAAGUUGCUGAGGUAGCACGCGUUAACACAUGGACGCGAGGUGGUAGAAACUAUGACAGACUUUAAGAGAAAAGGUAGACUGUAAACAGUCCAUCGUAGCUGUCAUCCACCUUGCUUACUUUGUUCCCUUAAUCCAUCUUAUUCGUCUUCUAACUCUCUAGGCUCCCCGCUUGCCCCUGGCAUUGCUCCCUCCAAAAUCUUCCUUAUCAAAGUCCCUCGUGCUGGUUGGUGCGUCAGUAAAACUUCAGACGUUGUUUGGUGAUGACGCUCUUCAGCUAAUUCUCCUUGAUGUCCUGGAUGGUUUUGUAAAAUGAACUUUUAGUUGCGCUAGGAAAGACAUAAUCUAAACCUGUAACGCCAAGCCUUCCUUCUCGUAUAAAACCAAAGCCGAUUUGGCAGUGCUUCAAGGUGUUAUUACUUGUUUUUGUAUAUUAUACAAAAUAAAAUUUGGAACUUUUUGUUUUUCGCAAUUUGAGGCGGCAAGGCCACAAGUCCCGGCGAGACAACGCGGGGACGGGUCGCCGCGAUGAUUUGUUUCGUGAGACAUGGAAAAUUUUUGCGAAAGUCCUGUUCCUGGCAGCAGAAGUUUUUUGCCCGCGACAGUCACCCUGAUAAUUAGUAUUGCUCACUUGUUUUACCAGUAUAUCCCUGUGCAUUACGUAUCUUCGUUGUGUGUUCAUUUUCAGUAACUGUGAUGAAGUGAGAAAGCAAGGAGGACUUCAAACAAUAUGCUAUCUCUUAGGAAAGGUAUCAUCAUUUAACUCUUAGCGAAACACCCUUUUGUGGCAAUGAAAGGUUGGAAGAGGCGAAGGAAUGUUUAACUCGAUCCGUUAUGGGGAACAAAAACAAUAAGAACAAGCACAAUGCAGUUUUUUUUCCUGCCGGUAACACGAUAUCAAGAUGAAGGAAAAAGUUGAAAAAGACAUGAAGUAAUACUCACCCCCGGCUCAAUGGGAAGAUAACACAGCCUUUUGAGAUUAGAUAACUGGUUCUUUUCAUAAGAUCACUUCUUCUCGUCGAUAUCACCUAUUUAUACCUCAAGCUAGGGACCAUGAUCAGAAAGCAUAACUGCAUACACACAAGAUUUAUAUGUUGCUCGAAACCAAUCAUAAUUAACAAGAUGUAUUCAAGGCUCUCUUUGUUGUAUCCAGAGUGAAGACAGUACUGUCCAAGAAAGCCUGGCAUGGGGGAUCAAGAACGUUGCAGCCACAGAAAAGUAUGGAUUACAUUUUUUGAGUUUAUUAUUAUUAUCAUCAUCUUCAUCAUCAUUAAUAAUUAUUAUUAUUCAUUCAAAAUAUUUCCCCGAUUCUGAUGGGCUAAAAGCACACGUUUAAUUCACCAUAACCAGUCACUGAUGACCAAAUUUGGAAGAAUUUUGUGUUUAGCGAGGAAAUGACGUCAAAAAUGCAGCGUUCUUGCUGGUUAAUGCACCGUUAACCGAGAAGACCUGGGGACGAGGUUGACAUCAUUAGCAAGCAUUCCUCGUUUCAAGGGUAAGAACUGGGCGAAAAAAUAGCUAAAAACAUGGCAAGAACAGCAAGAAGACAACUCGAAGGGCGCCAUCUGCUAUUUGGAGAAUAUUUACGGAGCUGAACAACCCUAAACGUGCACUGUCGAAGAUGAACUUAACAUCGAUGGAACGGUAGAGGUAAGAAUGUUUUAGCCAUGUUUUUAAACUAGGAAUUAUUUUGAAUGAAUAAUAAAACAAUUAUUGAAUUCGGCUUUCGUAUCACAUGAAGAAUUAUUGAGAUCUUGGAGGCUGUUAUCCGCCUCGGCCGUACCCUCCUCGAUCUCCAUAAUUCUUUAUAAGAUACUCAGCCUCAUUCAUUAAUUGUUAAUUAUUAUUUACCAUACCGUCUAUUUAAUUUUAGUGUUUACGGCCCGCAAUGUUUCUGGCUUCACUGUUUCAGUUUUGCUUGCAUCAUCAUGCCGAACCCUUGAAAUUGCUGCACGGAAAUGGAACAAACCCGAAGAAAAUAGUGGAGCAAAUUCAAACGCCCACUGCUUUUAAAAGUACAUUGCUAUUCUGUCAUUCUGUUGUAUUUCUUGAACAGAAAUCAAAGCGAAGUCAGUAACCGGGGUGGAAUCAAAGCUUUGUGCGGACUGCUAAAGACGGCCACCAAUGAGAAGGUCAGUCGUGCUCAGCAGUUAAGAGACAAAUGUGACAGUUUAAGUAGAAUCCAUAGUUUUCUGUGGACGUAGUGGUUACCUGAUAAUCGGAUCAUCAGACAUUCAUUCUUCAGAGGACGGCUUCCGAUACAAGGUUCGAAAUGUUGGUCAACUACAAAGAUUAUGCAAGUAUCGUUCAACCGUCUUAAAUAUGUUUGGUCAAAUUACUGCCCCCUUGUUUGGCCCUGGAACAAAUCGCUGGUUUUAGGAGACUGGGAAAGAAAGAAGUGAAGGGACGGUUGUUCUUGGAAAGAAAGUAUGAGCAUGCUCUCAAAACUUACAGAAUUUGGUGUUCUUCUAUUUUAAGGUUCAAGAGAGAGUUGUGUGGGCCCUCGGUUCUCUUGCUAAAGAUCAUACUAGGUAUGGGCUUUUGAGAUUGUUUUAUUUGCUUGUGUGCGCGUUAUUCUCACUUAAUUAUUUCGCGAUUUUCGCGAAAUUUGAUACCCGCGAAAUCUUAAAAUCCCUAACAGUUCUCUAAAAAUCCCUAAAAAUCGCGAAAUUAAAUACUCACGAAAUAUGGCUCAUGAUUUUUCGCGAAAUUAAGCGAGAAUAAUGUAGUGGGUUGCUCGUACCACUGAGCUGUCUUCAUUUUUAGGUGAAUACGAAUGUCUUGGUUGUUUUACUUCUUUCGGUGGCAUCGCCAUUUAUUUAUUUCUUUACUUGUGUACUUUUUACAUUAUAUAAGGGAGUAAUGGAGUAUCCCCCAUCACCCUUCUCCCGGACCCCAGCAAGAAAUCGAAAUUGUUUGUGACAAAAAUAAGAUGUAAUUAAACGUUUCGCAACAAGUUCAAAACAAACAAUUUGCCGUGGCUUAAAAGUCCACCUCUUUCUGUAACUUUUCAUAGCAAUUGCCAAGCUGUACAAGUGUGUGGAGGUCUUAAAACCAUGUGCGAACUGAUAUCUGUAACGAGUAGUGAAAAUGUCCUGGAACGAUCUUUGUGGGCAUUGGGAAUGCUUGCUAAUGAUGUCAAGUGAGUUUCAAAUUUCUUUUGUUGUAGUUGUUAUUUUGUUGUUUUCUGACCAAUUUAAUUAUCCCACAUUUUAGGACUUCUUGUUCAAUGGAUCAUUUCUAAAGUACUGUAUUUUUUUGUUACUGUAAGUUUGGGUAGUGGCUGAUGUGAGCCUGAUAGUAUUCCAUAGUCUGCCGUUUUCUUCAUAUCGUAGACUGCAUGCGCAUGCGUCAACGUUCCAAUAAUUCUCUAUACACAGUGCAUUCGCAUACCACGCACAAUGCUAACGUUUGGUUUCAGAGAUCUACUUCCCGUUUGUUUGAAAACUGUGCUCUUUAAAAACUGUCAAUAUGUAUAUAAAAAGCAACGUUCCAGCGCAAUUUACCCACACAAGGACCGUACUCUCUUCGGCUGUCCCAAAGUAGACUGGAAUGAUUACACCUCGAUGGUAAGUUUUUAUGGAGAAGCUAUGUAGAGCAUUCUUGGACUUUCAUUUCUGUGAUGACCUGGAACUACAGUCAUGGACAAAAGUCUGGGGACAAAUUUGCAAUUGUGGGGCUUUUUUCAACUCACACAUGCCUAACCCCUUCCCCCUCCCCACCCCACAAACAACGGUAGACACUUGCAUCCAGAAUUUUUCCCGAUUUUCAACAUUGUAUAGGGUGGGGGGAAGGAGAACUGCAAGCAAUUUUCGAAAAAGGAUGCACUGUUUUAAAAGGGUUACCAGAAAUUUAAGGAAAAUUAAUACUGCAUUACUGUCCUGGACGUUUGCCGAGGAUUGUAGUUAAACAGUGAAGAGUCAGUUUCUGAUCUUUUCAGCCUCAACAGGGAGCUAGUUCCAACUCUCUACCAAGUUUUUGCCCGUGGUCCGUUGAAGCAAAGUAUUUCCGUGAGAAAUUGAUUCAUUGUGUUUAAUUUUAGGAACCGGAAUUUUAUUCGUCAGUAUGGAGGCAUCGAAAACAUUUGUAAAAUGUUAGAGGAUUCACCCUCAGAACAGGUAUAAUAGUCUCCUGCAACCGUCAUGUAAAAAGGGUAAUGAACAAAAAAAUACGUAGAUGAAACUAUUUUUAUAAAUUUGGUAUUGUACAGAGAACAGGAAAGGUUCACUAAGGAUCAUGUCUUAUGAGUUUUUGCCCAACCCCGGAGUAAAGAUUGCCAUUUUAUGAGAGACCCGUUUUCCUUUUGGGGCAUCACUUAGAGCGCUUGAAAUGCACAUGCCCAUCAAUUUUUGUGCUUUUAACGGUUGUUACUUAUAUCUCGUCAAGUUCAAUUCAACCAUAUAUCGCGUCACUGUUCAGUUAGAUCAUUUGUUUGUUUUGCUUGUGUUGAAAUGAACGUUGUAAGCCUAUUCACUUUGUUUUUAACUCGUUGUUCCGAAGAUAUUGGAAAAGCAUUCCUUUAUUUAUUGUCCACCCUCUUUAAAAUGUUUGUUUGUUGUUUUUGUAACAGAUCCUCUAUCAAGGCGCCCUAACUCUGAAGACCCUUGCUAGUAACAAUCGUUACAACAAGGAAAUUAUGGACAAAUUCGGUAUCAUCGGAACACUUCAAAGGUUAGCUCUUGGUCCUCAUCAUUUCGAGUGUUUCCUUGUUUUUGAUCGUACACAUUAAAACACCAAGAAACAACCCAUCCUUUUAGCACAGGAGUCUACCCGGGAGGGGUGCGAACACUCUAAAUUUUAGUCAUACAGGAGCUCUGCCGCGCGAGGGUAGGGUGGGCUGUGACUUGAUCUCGAGGUGGUGUAGCUCAGCCCUUAAAUAGGGUAUCCUUUUUGGGAGGGCCUAUACCACUAAAGGCUUCUACCAGGCGUUUCCUGCGCCCGCUUUCCUUCAUUCAUGUCAACCGAACUCCCUCAAACGGCAGAAAAUCAAGCCUUAAGCUGCCGCCGAGAACCUCAACUCCUUUGUUAACUUACUUGCAAAACGACUCCAGUACAAUCUUGGACAAAAUAAAUGGAAAACCUAGACUCCCCCUCCCCCCCAAAUCAAGGAUGGGAAAAUGGCGCGUUUUUGCCCUUCGCGCGCCUUCAUCCUUGAUUUGGGGGGGAUGGGGGUUUGCUGUUCCAUUUUAUUUUGUCCAAGAUUGUAGGUAUCAUUUCGAUCAGGAUGCUGUAAAUUCACCAUCUGCACACCUCCCAUAAUACACCCUUGUUUUCUCCCCAAAACUUUGCAUGAAAAUUGUCUUCAAUUUCUCUUGGAUAUUACUGUAAUAUCCAGGAGAAAUUAAAAAACAAAGGCAAACAAGGUGUAUUGUUGGAGAUGUGCAAAUUGUGAAUGUCAUGCCAACGAAAGAAAUACAAAGCGACCCGUUUAAAAAACGGUCACUCCUUUCGUCUUCAUUUUUCGCUUCUGGGGCUUUAGAAGAGUUACCUUUUUUUUCAAUCUUAAAUAGAUAUCUUUUAGCUCAUACGUCUUAUGAUGUCGUAUGGGAAUUUGUGUACCUAUGCUCGUGAAAGAAACAGUACUUCGAAUAGCGUCACAUGACCAAUCUGUUGUUUCACUGGGAUAAAAACCUCGCCCUCCCAAAACAAACGAACCAAACAUUCAAGCUUAUAUCUGUGAUAUGUGGUAGUUUGAAUGUUAGAAGGAACUUAUAAUUGUCCUUAAUCACUUUAGCAAGGCUUAGCAUCAUAUUGUGACACAAGUGCGACUCUUCCCCGUCGAUAACACCAAUACCUUUGGUGGAAAUAGUAACUGCGUUCUAUUGUAAUAUCAAGCACUCUUAUUGCAGGAUUAUGACAGACGAGUCACUGACGCUAGGUGUAAUUGCACGCCGUGUGUGCCUGGAUUUAUUACAACGACUCGGCUCAGCGGCCAGCGGUCUCCCAGUAACAAGUCCAACAGCUCACACGUCUGUCACUAGAACCCAGGGAAGCUCGACCUCAUCUGUCAGCGUCAAGAAGGAAGAGCCUGAGGUCAAACUAGUCAACGGAGUAAAGGGUAGUGAUGAAGAUGAUGACCUACCCCCGCUCGGAGGGGAUGAGGACAUUGAUAAAGAAAAUGCCCCUGCGCGGGGUGUCAGCGUAACCUUGUCAUCCAACACAUUUGCUAAAUCCACUUUAAGACAAAUCCCAGCCCCGCAAGUGCCUCUAAGAAUUAAUGUCGCUUUAGAAACACCGAGGAAUCAAGCCGCGCCUGAUGAGGAUGGAGAUAUAGCGCCAUAUAGGUUGGUUGUGACUCAUGUAUACUCGAUUGUGAAAACGUCUUACUUGAAAAUCAUAAACCAGCGUGACCCAAAGGCUUUCUGGGAAGUGUUUACGGCGAUAAGUACAUCUGCGUAAUUGCGUAGUGAAAUUCGUCCCCUAGUAGGGUGAUUUUACACAUCCUGGUCAAAUCUAAUCUUGUGACGCCUGGCAUUUGUCUGUCCUUACAUGUCCUUACAGUUUUUUUUCUUUAAUGUCAUCUAGGGUGCAUCCUAAAACAGUUUGGUCACAGACUAGGGAUCUGGUGCGAGUUUGCGUGAAGUUGCGAGGUGUGAAUGAGCGAAAAGUGCAAACCGAGAUCACUGACAGCAGGCUUAAGUUUAGGUAAAUACCCAAUUAGAUGGUAAAUUCAGCGUGUGCUGCCUAGACUGGUGAGCUGUGGCCAGGUUGACAUAGUGACCUUACCUAUUAGGAAAUUUUUUGCCCUCUUCUGAAAGGAGGGAGGGGAGGUAUUCCCGGGAAUUUUUGGUAGGGUGUGUGCCGCCCGAUUUUCCAAUUCCUGGUCCUUUAUCAGACUAAAAAAAAUAUUAUUUUUAACACCCGUUUUCAGACUGAGCCUCUUAAAUCCAUACCCGUUUCAGACCUUGUGUAGGUAGAAAUUAAGUCAUCAUGAUAUUUAGACUAGAGCUCAAACAAAAAGAUUUCUUAAAAUCCAUUUCGAAGGAUAUUACUCUUUGGUUCUAACUCAUGUGGAAUCGAAACAAACACGUUCAUACACUCUUGUAGUUUGCUCGAAACCCAGACCAUAUUCCAGACCAAAAUGGGCAAAAUCUAUGCCCGUUUUCAGACCGAAACGGCACGAAAACCCUACCCUUUCGGGCGGCACAUACUUAUAUCGCUUACAUAAGGGAGUACAUUUUGCCCGCGCUGAUUCAGUGUGAAUAAACUUUUUACUUCAUUUCACCCUGAAUACUUCAGUGAGCGCUGAGUUUAUUAGCUGGUGUCGCUUUUCUCUUUGUCCCUAGAGCACGUAUGGGCCACUCUCUAUAUGAGCUAGACUUGGAACUGUUCGAGGAUGUUAACUCACAGGUAGGAAAUAGUUUUGUGAUCAGUAGACAAAGAUGUGAGUAUGAAAUACACUGAACUCACGACGUCCCAGCUACAGUUGGGCGCUGUAAUCACUGAGCAACCUUAGUCGAUCGCUCUUAAGACUCCAAUAUUAGGGUGGAUUUCCACUGUCGCAUAAUGUUACGUGCGCACUCGCAUAAACAGAGUAGAGGCAAUGUAUGGAAGGCCGCGCGGGAACGUAAAUACGCGCGACCUUUCAUACAUUGCCUCUAUUUUGUUUACCAGCGGAAAAUUUACGUGCGAACGCGCGUAAAAAUUACGCGACAAUGGAAAUCCACCUUUAGAGUAAAAUGGAAAAGCAAAGCCCCAUCCCCCUGAGAUCAAGGAUAACGCCGCGCGAAAGUCAAGACGCUCCAUUUGCCCGUCCUUGAUUUUGGAGAAAUGGUGGGGGGAGGGGUCUAAAUUUUCCAUUUAUUUUGCCCAAGAUUGUGGCACCCAAUCAUCUGAGGUAACCAGUUCGGCAUUACUUCCAUUUGUUUAGAUCGAAACAACAACAGUCUUCAUCGACUCCCUGUUAGAAUUAUUACACGACAAUGUUAUAUACAAGUUUAAGAUAACAUAACGAGGCAGUUAAGUAAUUUAUUGGAGCUUAGAGGCUGAAGGAACCGGAGAUUUUUUAGUUGGCCCCUAAUACUAUUUAAGUUCAUUUUUUUAAGAAAAGAGAAGCAGGGACGAGAAAAACUGGGCCCGGAAAAUUGUGCAUGGUAAUGUUUCAAUUAACUAGAACCACUACGUGGAACUUACCGGGGCUCAGUGGGAGACGGGAUUGCAUAGUUUACCUCUCGCACCCCUCCCCCCUCCUCUGUGGAGGCUAAUACUUAGUCUGAAUUAACUCAUGCAGAAGAAAAGCAACAAAAUGCAUGAGAAAGGAGGAUGUUGUUAUAACGGUCUGUGUUAUAGUACUGUUUUUACACUGUGAUGUCAAUAAGUGUGAUCUGUAUAAGGUUUUUAUUUGUUUUUAAGUUUGAGUGAAAGAGCAAAAAUCACUGACAGUUUUGGGUUGAAUGGUAAUGACAAAGUUUGCAAAGAAGUUUGUUACAGAAUUAUCACAAUUUUGCCUACACGGUCUGCAUUACACUUCUCAUAGAACAAACAUGCAUGUUCAUGGAGAGUCUGAAGUGUUGAAGAAUCCCAGAAAGUGCAUGAUUUGAUGACAGAGAAACAAACUGCAUAUAUGGACAUAAUAAAAUGCUUAUUUAUUGAUGACUGAGUAUAAUUUGUUAAUUCACUGCACAUUGAAAUGGAGGCAUUUGAUUGUAAGGCAGUGGUUGAUACAUAGUGGCAUUCAUCAAUAUGACCUAUAGUAAUUGUAGAGGAAGUAUUUCUUUCCUGAACUGGGUAAACAGUAGUAAGUGGUGCAAACUGGCCUUGAUUAGAUUCUACUAUUUGUAUAGUAACAUUUAAUGCAUCUGCAUUAACUGCUUGAAUGAUAAGUGCAUCAGCCCAUGUACCUUGAAUACACAUAUUAUUCAGAUAUCUUAGGCCAUGAAUUUUCGGUAUUGCUUCCAAUAAAGCUCUCUGGGUUGUCUCUCAUAAAUUGAACCCCUGCAGUACGUAUAUGCAUAUGAUGGUUGCUAUUGCCAUAUAAUUGAUGCGAUACAGAUCUAAAGAAACAAUCACCUGCACUGUCAACAUCUAUUGAUUGUAAACCAAGUUCACCUAAUCUUGACUACAUCAAAUUCUCACAGGAAAUAGGAGAGAUCAAAUGCAUUGUUGAGCUCUGAUUUUGCAUAAAAGGUCUAAUUAUUACUUCAUGAUGAUCAGUGUUGUAUUGAGUAGGUCCUGGCAUUCUUCUCAACAUCUUUACUUAGUUUGAAAUCAAAUAAUUGGUCAUAUGACUUACACAAUUGCAAGAAAACAAUGAUAAAUAUCGACGUGCUUUACAUUUUUUCAUUAUCCUCUGAUAAUGUCUGCUAAAGAAAGACAACAAAUAAGCUUUCUUGGGUAUAGCCAUUUUAUUUAAGUUAAUUAUCUUUGGAUCGCAUUUGUUAUUACAUUUAUAGCGUGCAUGAUAAAGUUUUCUCACCUUAUUAACAUAGCGAUGGAGCUUUGAAGACUUCGGUGUGUCAAUCGUUGAAAUCUUAUUGAAGACAAAUUUCUUCAACAUGCUAAUCUUCUUGUUGAGACCUCUAAGAAAUAGCAGUGGAAUUCUGCUCGGUUCACGAGCACGUCUACAUCGCCUUGUAGCACGAUUUUUUAAGAUGAUAUAAAGUUAGCUUUGAUAAGUGUUCGCUUUGAUUCUCGAUAAAUUUCACGAUGGAAGGUUCACUCCAGGUAGAUAGCUUUGAUAGGUGAUUAACUCUUAAGUGAUCGCUCGUAAAUUUGUCUCUCCAAAUAUUCACUCUUAAACCUUCGCUCAUAAACUAAUGCAUCGUAAAGGUUGGGGAACGAAAAAGCUAUAACCUUUCUCUUGACUGUCCUCCAUGCCUCGUGCUUUUCAAAAUGGCGGAUAAGAUUUCAGUGAGCCAGCGAUAUAUCUCAGUCAACGAUAUAUCCCUAACAAUGUAACGUUGAAAAAAAGACAGAAACAGACAGCAUUUUAAGACCGGUGCCAGCCUUCGGCUGGGCCCCGGUAAUAAGAUGUUUAUAUUCAGUUCUUUUGGAGUAUUGAUUCUGACAGCAAAUAACGCUUUAUUUCUUUGGCAAAAUAUAAUAUGCUGAUGCGUUUUAAGAGACGCAUAAUAUAAGGAAUAUAAAAGAUUUACUGCCUGAAAUUUUUGGCACAAAAAGUCACUUAUCGAUUCUUCGAGCUCAUUGAAAGUUUUUUUCCUUUUUAGUUCUUCCAGCAAAGAGGGGAUGGUGUUACAGUGAAGGGUGCCGAGGUUCAAAUUCUGCUGAAGAAGAGAAAUCAUGCUGUCUGGACGCGGCUGCAGAAGAGCAAAGAAAAGGUAAGUGACAGACCGAUUGGUGCUAGGCAAGGAACAAGUAGUAUGCGCGAACAGGAACUAUCUUGCCACAGCCUCUGCAACAUCUGCAGAAACUAUUUUGCUGCAGCCUCUACAGCAUCUGCAGAAACUAUAUUGCGGACGCUUUUUUCCUCUUCACUACAGGGUAACGCUAACUUGUUGUCGCCAAUAAUGUAGCUCCGUCGAUAUAACCAAAUUUUUGUGACUAGCGGACAAACUUUCCGAGUAUGCGAGUUUCUAAUCCGUCAGCAACAGGCUCGCUCUUCUAAAACCUUUCGAACCCGUCCCGAUCCGAAAAUUCUUUCUUGACAGCCCUAGCAGUAAACAACUUUAGAUUUUGGCGUUGACAAAAUUGAAAAAAAAAGCCUAGAACGCAGUUUUGUUUGACACUGACUUAACUGUUUUAAUAACCAACCCAUAAAGACUCAUUGUUCUUUGUUAGUAAAACGAUAAAGCUCUUUCUUUUAAAAUUACAUGACUCGGUCUGCUACUUGUAUGCUACGUUAUAAUUCACUAAAAUGGAGAGGGGUGGAGGGGAGAAGUCUCUGCUAGGUUAACGUGAAGUGACACUUUUCUGGAGUCGUUUUGCUUUUCUUCACUUGGUGCACACAGCGCAUGUCAGCUCUCGGCCGGAAACAUACGGCAGACAUGGCAACGAACCGCAUGACCCUUCCACAAGGUACAACAGGGCGCCAUCUUUUCCCGCGUGGCUUCCGUGAACGAACUCCGCGUCUGCAUCAAUGCACACGAAAUCACCAGAUUUCUUGUGGUUGUAGUGCCAUGACAUCAAAUACCCAUGAUACUGCUCGGUCCAAUCAGAAGGACAGUCAUUCCUUGCGGGUAUCAUGAUCUGAGAGGCACGUGUCUUGAUGUAACACACUGCGCAUGGCACGUCGUGAUUGUGGAGGCUGCCCUUGAAUGGACUAAAAGAGCUAACCUCAUAUUCAGUACCAUACAUAAAGGUGGUGGACUGAAAACCUUCCUUGUACUUGUCGUACUUUGGUUUGUUUGGCAGGCAAAGGUACUGACCACCACCACCGUAAUGGUUGAAGUAGCCGCUUCCAACAAAUCCUGAGUGACAGAAAAAAGUUUCAAGUUAUGAGAAAUUUUAACCUUUUAGGCAGUUGAACAGGCACUUGUUGUGAGGUUAAGGGGACGGGUGCUCAGAGCGACUUUUAUCUCUUCUUUGGAUCAGUUCCGACUGGAGCAACGGAAAUUCGAUCGUUUGCAGAAAAAAAUUUGCGACUCAUUUACUCUUUUCUGAACGCUUCUCUUUUGUUGCUAAGCCUUUUUUGAAAUAAUAGUAUGUCUCGUGGUGAACUAAACAACGCUAAAGAAAAACUGUACUUUUAGGACACAUUAUACCUUUGGUGAUAAAGUCUUUUAUUAAUAGGGUGCUGUAAAUAUUUUUCGUUUAUCGUAUUGGCUACCCUUUCAAAAGUUCCUCCUGUAAAGGUGGAUUUCCACUGUGGCGUCAUUUUUACGUGCGUGUGCGCACGUACAUUUUACGCGUGUUAGUAGAAUAGAGGCAAUGUGUCAAUGAAGGUCGCGUGUAAACGAAAAAGUGUCUACGUUCACGCGCGGCCUUUCAAACAUCGCCUCUAUUUUGUUAACGCGCGUAAAAAUUAUGUGACUGUGGAAAUCCACCCUAAGACGUAAAUGCCGCACCCAUUCGUGACGAAUAACCCAAUUAGCUAUUGACAUUGUUUAACUGAAGGAGAUUUGAUAUUGUCUUUCAACUUCUUUCAUCACUCUUAAAUAGUUGUAAAGCUGCUUUGAGCCGGUGGCGUUUUUGCUUUUCGUUUCUAAAUGCUUGCUCCCCUUUGAUUCUCCUGGAAUUCUGGUUAUUACCUUCAUAAACGGUCUGAGUGUUAUUUGGACAGCUUCGUUUUCCCCAGUGUACGUACUUGACCCCGGACCGUCCGUUUCCCUGUUCUCCCUGUUCGCCUUUAGGCCCUUGAGGUCCAUCCAAUCCAGGCCUUCCUACGUCACCUUUGUCACCUUUGGGACCCUGUGGGCCGGGAGAGGGCUUGUUGGUUCCAGGCCUGCCCGGGUCGCCUGUACGAUGCGCCAAGGAAUAGGAAAAAGUUUAGUAAAGUGACACCUGGUGGUAUACAUAAUGUAACGUCUUCUGCUAAAUGUUUCUCAACUUCUGAAACUAUCAUCAUUUCCUCUUUCGCUAUAACGUAUAGCAGUCCAGUUUAUUUAAAUUUAUUUAUUUAUUUAUUUAUUUGUUAUUUAGGCGGUGUGAUUGUAUUUUCCAAGAAUAUGGCAGAUAUCUGUGUCUAUCAAUCUAGAUCUUAUAUCAUAUAUAUUGAAAUGGGCGGAAUACUCUAGCUCUAGUAAUAGUAAAAGUAAGUCAAGCGUUCGCUGUGACUGCAAGGAGUAAGGUACUCUUUUUUCCUGGGAGAUUAUGAGACUGUGCAAUUUUGGAGGGUUUGCCUUGAUGUCUUGCACUAGGGCGUGAAGGAUACCUGUAUGUUAAGAAUUCGAAUUAAUAUUCAAGUUAAGCAACUUUUAAAUUAGCGUACCUUUAAUCCCUCGGGGACCUUGUUUUCCAGGCGUCCCGGGGUCGCCUUUUUUUCCGCGUGUUCCCGGGGUGCCUGCUUCACCGUCUUUUCCAGCGGGACCGCGUUCUCCAGCGGGUCCAGGAGGCCCAGGUGGCCCGGGUGGUCCUGCGGGGCCUUCUCUGCCAUCACGGCCAUCUCUUCCUUUAAGUUUGAAGAAGAAAUUUAAAAUGGAAAUCGUUUUAAAUCAAACAAAUGUCAUGAAUAUUAUUUGCAGAUUUAAAACUCCCGUAAACGUUGCUUAGAAUGCAUUAGCCCCACAGGGGCUCUCUGCUCUUCAAUUUUAUCUUAACCCUUUCAACCCUAACAUGAAAAUUCAAAUUCUCAUUUAUUAUCCCUAUACGUUUUCAAUAGAAGUAGGGGGGAGAAUUUGUUGAAGUAUCAAUUAGAUUCAUCUUGUGUGAUCAUGUCCUUAAUUCUCAUGACAACUCUGUUUUAUUAAGCUGUGAUAUUACAAAGAAAAAUGUGACACCCAUCACUAUUAGGGCUUAAAGUGUUCAUUAGUGCUUCGUGCUGCAACCUGUGAGCAGAGUCUCCUUUGUCUUCUUGUUGAUCAAGAAGGAGUGCCUGAAUUGGGUCAAGGCUUUGAAGUCGCUGAAGGUCAAACUUCUGGACUAGCCAAUCUUGUUUUUCUCUCGUCAAACUGGUUUUCCGAGUGCGAGCAUCCGUUUAUUGAUAACCGGACGGAUCUACAGCUGUUAACUGAGCCCGCCUUACCAAGCACACGGCCAUGAGGCCUGGGUUUGAAACUGUAUCCUAGCAACAUACAGCGCAUGCGUAACAAAGAUCUUACUCGAUUCUUGAAGAGUCUUUCUUCAGUACGCCACAAUCGAACAAGUGAGAGAAAGGCUCUGAUAGCAGGGUGUUUGUGCUAAAACAUUAACAACUAAAUUAAGUCGAAAAUUCUCUCUUAAUAUAACCAUUUGAAAGAGUGAAAGAUAGAGUUCAGUCAAGUUGCUCUAACUUUUGAGUCGAGGACCAAAUCCUUCGGUGUGACUACUCAAUUGAAAUCACUUCAGUAGUUUUUCACACGGUGCUCCUUUUUUUUUUCAUCAUUUUACGAACCAAAUUGCAAAAUUGUUUCUGAAUGUUUAGUUUAGCUCCCUUUGGAAUAGGAAGGGUUAACGACGUAUAGUCGCUGGUAAUGUAUACCUCGAAGGAACGCUAGGAACCACCAGUCCUUAGGCGGAGUUGGGAGUGAAGUUGGUUCAUUUGCUUGGUCGAGCCUGUCAAUGAAAAUUAAAUUGAUUCGUUAUAGGACAAAGAAUGCAUGAGACAGUAAUAAAUAUGCGACAUUUGCCGAUAUUGAAUUAAGUUAGGUGGUCAUGAAUUGAUGGCUGCAAUUUAUGCAGGGGCAAUGUUGGAAUGCAAAUUUAAUCACUUGGUUACUCCUGGAUUGUGAGGGAACAAAUGCACAAAUUCUUCGAGAUUUGGGAACUGAGUACCACUACGGGAACUAUCCCUUAACGUCUAUCUUUAGAGAUUCGUCAAGUUAACCCUUUAAACCCUAAGAUCCAAAUUUGAAUUCUCAUUUGUUGCCCCUAUUCAUUUCCUACAGAAGUAGUGGGGAGAAGUUGAUGAAAUAUCAAGCAAAUCCAUCUUGUGUGAUCAUGUCCGUAAUUCCCAUGAUCACUCUUUUACAAAGCAUUGAUGUUACAAGGAGAAAUUUGAUGCUGAUCACUCUUAGGGCUGAAAGGGUUAAGGUUAAUUUGGAACUGACUUGUACUACAUUUGCUGUCCUUUAGCCUUCAUUGGUUUCUCCAGCUAUAGAUCUAUCUAGCCAACUGAACGAAAAACGUGGCACAAGUAUCACCUUUAUGGGGGAAGAAGCUUUAUGACAACUCAUUGAAAAUAUGAAAGGAAAAGACCACCUUUAAAGUUACCUUUCUUUCUCGGCAUUGUUCAGACUGUUUUGCAAAUCCAAAUCUGCCAUCUCUAAUCGUGUAUCAUCCUGCAGAGAUCUUCUUUCACGGACGUUCCUCUGUAAUGAAAUGUUAGUGUUUGGCUUUCCACGCCUCUGCAGUCUGUCCAACCUCUCUUCUAGCAUGGAAAUGCGCUGAUUCACGAGAAAGUAGUUGAAUAGCAGAAAUAUGCCACAAACCACGCACACUGUUACACCACACAGGACUGUCAUACGAGCAGUAGAACCUGUUUGCCUCUUCUGCGCGAUUUUGGCGUCCAUUGCCGUUUAACUCAAAUAAACACUGUUUCGGUGUCUGUACAACUGUGGGCAGCGUGAUGUAACCCCUUAGUGGGCGCUGUCUUCGAUUCCGAUGUGCUUUUACCAUUACGCACUUAGCAUCUUAAGGACGUUUUUGACGAGAUAAAGAUUUGUAAGACACCUCAGUUAUCUAGAGAACCUUAUAUUUUGUCAUCAAUGCCGAUAUCAACUGAAAUAUUGAUAAUUUUUCACGGUCAAUUCUGAUAAAGUUGCGUCGAUUGCGUUUUGCGGUUAACUUCAGCAAGAUGGUUAUACGCGAGGGAAAUUUUGACAAAAGAAAGGCUUGCCAUAUAACACGCGAGGUAAAUUUUCACGAAAGAAAGGCUUGCCAUGUAAACACCAAUGCCAGUAGCUUAGAAUAGUCUUUGUCUGUUGUUUUCUAAGUAUUUUGUCUUGUUUUGGUUCGGACUGCUCUUUCUCUAGUUUUUUUUUUUUUAAUAUAUCCGUUUGUAACUUAAAAUAUCAGUAAGCCUAGAUCUUAAGGGGGUACAACAGAGGAUCGUUUUCAGGAGAAACUGAUAUUUUGUUUAAAACAAACUUAGAACCGACGUUGCAGCUCUUUUUCAUUAUGACACUUCUAGUAAUGAAAUGUUGGUAGGGUUUAAUGAAGUGAAUAGGUGCCAAUCGAUAACAAAUUCAUUUACAGAGCUUUUUUUUUUUACUAUUUCACCUUCAGACAGUUUUUUUUAAAAAAAUAUGUAUCAAAUUUCUAUUUGUAAAAUUGUGAACAACAAAACUCCCUACAAAAGUAGUGCUACAGAGAUUUUAUUUGAAGGAUAACACUCAUACGCAGACUUAGCCAAUAGAACCAGUUGACAACUUAAUUAAUAGUACUUGUGAAAGUACUGCUGAAUAGGUUUCGUUUGAAUGUUCACACCUUAGAAUUUCGUCCACAGACUCAUAAAGCAUGUUAAAUAGUAUUAAAAAGCACUGCUGAAAAGUUUUCAUCAAGAACAAUACCAUGUGAAUUGAGUAUUGCUGAAGAGGUUUCUUAAGUGAAUGGCCACACCAUAUUUUUCGCUCUCAGAUUCAAAAGUAAGAACCGCCUAACUUGUCUUUCCAGUGAAACGCUUUUAACCGUACGGACUUUCAAGAGCAACAGUUUUUCAGUGUUUGUCUGAGCAUGAGGUCAGAAGAGUAAGAUAAUUUAAAGAAAAAAAUUAUAAAAUAAAACCAAGCAAACAAUAUUUACAACUGACGUUUGAGUAAGCACCAAGACCAUUUCUGUCUCAAAAUUUGCAUUUCGCUCUGCGUGUAUUUGCAUCGAGCACUCCUGUGAACACGCGAAGUAACACAUUAUUAUAUUUGUUUCUUUGUUAAUUCUAUUUUCUCCCUUUUUUCGCCUUAGUUGCCUUAUGUUAGUAUUGAUUUUGAUCGAUGGGAGGUCUGGUCAUCAUCCGACGAAGACGAGGAGGCUGAAAGCGCUCGCCAAGCUCCGACAAACCUUAACAAUACCCGACGUCUGUCCAAAGAUAAAGAAGAAAGCAAACAAGUGUUCCUUCCCGAGAUGCUGGAUAGUGAUUCUAGUUUAGAUUCUGACGAGGAAGAAAGAAUUCCUUCUGAUGUAGAUUGCCUAAACUUCUACUGAAGAGUUUAACAAAGGUGAUGGAGGCUUAGAAAGAGAAACAAGGACAAAAGCCGCCUUCUGCAGGCUUGUCAUCGAAGCUCGCCAGCAGUAGUUAUGAUGAAGUUCCCAAGGCUGUUACUGAAUAGUGGUUUUAGUCAAGAUGUUUUUAUUUUAUCAACCGUUGCUCUCUCACAAGAGCACAAAAAAACAAGGAAAACACACCACGCUACGUACAUGCAUUUUACAGGUGUCACCUUGAAUUCUCUAGCGUUCAAAACCAGUCGGCUUUUUUAAUCUUAAUCUUGAUAUUCGUGCCAGACUGUAGAGAGACGCAAAAAUAUGUAUAUGUUGGGAUUCGGUGCGCCUUUGGACACCGCAACAAUACGUUUAAAUCCCUGUUCAGAACGAACUCGAUAUACGGAACUGGCAUUCUGUCCCUGCUGUCACGAAGCUCUUCGAAAACCGUCUUAUGUCAUUCGUUCUUCUUGGCACGAAGCUCUGCGGUUUCUGAGGGCUGGGGUUAUUGUUUCUAUUGUUUAUCAUCCAAUACAGCUCUGUUAGCUGUUCAAAGAGGUUCGAGGCAGUUCCUCUGUUCUGGUUAAGAUUUAUGGGAACAAAUGCUGCUGCGGUCUAGGGACUCUCUAUGUUUACGUCUGCUUUCCCUGAGUUUAGGUUUAACCCUCUAAGUCCCAAUGGUGUCCUAAGGAUAUCCAUAGAUUGUCAAGAGAAAUUGUUAUGAGAAUUAAUAAAAUGAUCACCAAAGAGAAAGUGCCUUGAUCUUUUAUCAAAUUCUCUUAACUAAUUCUUAAAGGAAAUGUAUAGAGACCCGUUUGGAGAAUUUGUAUGUGGAUAUUGGGGCUUAAAGGGUGCAUUAGUAGUCGUGAGUCUUACAAGGCCAAAUGCCAGUAAGAGUUUUAUAUGUGGCCGCUCGAAAGAAUGUUUCUUUUUUGUCAAAAAUCAGCAGUCGGUUAAAUAAUGCUGUCAAAGCUGAUAAGAAUUGGAAUAAGGCAAUAUAUUUAGUUACAGAUUUGGUUAGG